GGGACUCACCGGCCUGCAGUCAUGCAUUAUUGAUAAUAACAGCCGUGCCUCUUUAACUGGCUUUGCUCUACGACACUUGAGGGUGCGUGCAUGAACAUGCCUGCAAGCGGGUGUGUGUGCAUGUGAGUGUGUGUUGAGGGAGGGAAACAGGCAGAGAGAGAGAGAACCAACGCCAGCAUCUUUCAUUCCCUGCACUCUGGAUAACCAUCUCUUGAUUUUUGCUUGGGGGGGGCGGAGAGGAGGAGAGAAAAGAAGGGGACGCCUAUUUUCCCAUCGCUGCCACCUCUUCUGCAGCUCCAUUCAUCCUGAUCUGGUGGGAUGCAUCUCCUCGAGUAUUCCCCCCCCCCAGGUUGUUGUUGUUAGUAUUAUUCUCUCUCUCCCCCCUCCCUCUGUCUCCCAUCUCCAUUUCUGAAAACAACAGAGACCAGCCGUGGAUUCUCCUCUGAGCGGGCUGGAAGCAGGAGGUUUGUGCGCUGGAGGAGAGGGGAGAAGGAAGAAGGUUCCCUGGCUGAGGUUCUCCAUCAGGCUGGAUUGGAAAACAAGGGAGAUUUCGACUCCUCUUUGCUGUCCCCCCCCCCCACCACCUCUGGCAUCCCUCCAUCCGGUCCCUGAUGCUUCUCUUCUUUACAUGAAAAGGCCGUUGGUGUGCGGAAGGCAUGGCAUGAGCUAAAACGACUCUCCUGGAGGUAAGCAUGCUGCGUCUGUGUAUUUAAUCCUUUACGGCACAAAUAUCUCCCUCUCUCUCUCUCUCUCUCUCUCUCACGCUUGCACACACACUCUCCCUCGCUCCCUCCCUCCCUCCCUCUCCCCUGAAUACCUUCCCACCAGGUAUUGAUGUCUGUAGGACGGCAUCCCACCCAGAGGGUUUUUCUUGCAUUUGCACCACCAAGGGAGAGACCAUCCAGGGGCUGUAAUUACAUCCCUCCUCAAUGAAGAUCAGAGCAUCUCAAAGCCAGUGUUACAUAAGGACAAACCUCCUUGCUUUGCUUAACAGGGAUCCGACUCUGUUUCUAUCUGUCUCCAGCAGAUACUCUAAUAUAGACUGGCAGCCUAGGUGGUGGUUGUUUUUAGAUUGGGGGGGGGGAUUUGACCCCUCCUGCUCAAACACCCCCCUCCCCCAGUUUUGGUUUGCUGCAUUGAAUGGAAAUUUUAGUGGAUCGCUACCAAGGCGAUCUCAUCAAGAGGCUGUGUGUUGAGUGGGACACACUGUUGUUGUUGUUGUCAUUCUUUUUGGGGGUGCGGGCGGGGGGUGUUGCUGCUGUUGUGAUUCAUGGGUUUGGGGGGUGUCUUGAUGGCGCCAUUUCCUGAUCCCCAUCUGGGCUGGCUAGCCGAGAGGAUGUGGCGGUGAGAUGGUUGAUUUUUGGGCCCCACGUGGAUCUCUUAGUUUGGAAAGAAGGUAGACUGGGCGAAAGAAAACAGGGCGAGCCUGACCUGGCUGUUUUGGAUUUUGCUUCUCUGCCCAGUGGAAAGAGAAGAGGGCCCUGCUGUUUGGACUCUUGCCUUCUAUCCUGGUUGAAAAAUGUUUGUUGUUGUUUUUUAAAUAAGAAAGAAAUAAUAAUAAAGCAAGCCUUUUUGUUUGAUGUCAUAUAUCCACUUCUAUGUGGGUCUUGAGUCCACUGCUAGGAACACUUGCCUGGGAGUAAGCUCCACUGAACUCGUCAAGAAUUAUUUCCAUGCACAGAUUUGGUCUGCACAAACUUAAUUUUCUGGACCUCCCCCUCCCCAUACCUAUGCUUUUUACCUAAGAACCUCUGGUACAAAAAUAAAAAUAAAAAACAGGUUGACUGGCGCAGAACAAGAAAUUACCCAGGAAAGUGUCACCUGUUACAUUUUUUCAGGGUUCUGUAGUUAAAGGCACAUCAGAAGGGUUGGGGUUUUUUUUUAAUUUAAAAAGUGGCAGCACUAUCAUAAGCUCCCCUUCCCAUAUAUAUGUAUACACAUAAAAAGAGCAAAUACUCUUCUUGGGGGUUCUGCCUAGAGACUGCCAAGAGCCGAGAUUUGGAAUGGCACUGUAGUGAUCAGCAGCCAUAGAGGAGACACCAAUGGCAGAUUUUAGCAGGAUGCUGUUUGGCUUGCCUGUUAUUGUUUCGAAAUGCAGUGGAUUUAUUUUUGGGUUGGUGAUGCGAGGGCUGUGUUGUUUGGAAGAUAUCUCUGCAGCUUUCUUCCCAUGCUUAAGAGAGUGGUCUGUGGCUAGCUGGAGAGCUUCUGUUUUCUCAUUGAAUUUGGGGCUCGGUUUCUUUCUAAAAUGACUAUUUUGGAAGCUCCAACUUGUGUGCUCUAUCCUGAAAAUCUUGAUCCCUUGUUCCAUGAGUGUGGCAGCUGGUGAGAUGUGGUUCUCUCCCUACCCCUGUUAACAAGCAGUAGAGUCGCCAACUCUUUUUCUAGCCUCUGCUCCUGCACCUUUCCCAAAUACCUGGAACUGAGCCACAGAUGUUGUCAGAUGAACAGGUGUGUGUCCUUGCACUCCAAAAGCUUCACCUGCCCAUGAAGCAGCUCUGAAAGGCAGAAGAACAGCCUAGGCCAUUUUUAUUUUCUGGUCAGUUGGAAAUUCCAAUGGUUGGUGAAAAAUAUCCUGGCAUAUGCCAGAUGUGCUGCCCUCUCUGUUUGAGAACUGAAUUCUGAUAUGAAAAGAGGGUUGUGGUGUAAACAUUGUGAAGGUGUGAGAGAGAGCUGAUAAUAAUUCAGUCUUAAUUUAGCACUGAAAGACGCCGCAGUUGUUAACUAAACAGGGCUGGUAGUCGUGCAAGUUUAGCUGUGCUGAUUCCCCAUAAUAACAGAAACAAUGAGCAGAUUAUGGUGGGCUGUGUUCUUCACUGUUUCUGUUCUAAAAAUGGCCAUUCCCUGGUUAAAUUGUGCUUGCUGCAUUGGAAAUCCAUAAUCGCUAAGCCCAGACAUGUGGGAGCUGGCUGUGGCUAUUCUCAGUAGUGGCAAACAAAACAUUUUGCAUAUGCUCAAAGAAACUAUUUUCUGUGGGAUCCAUGCCUGCCAUUAGAAAGAUGGGCAAGGGGUCACCCAAGGUUCAGUUUCAGCAUGCUGGGUUGGUUGGUGUUUGCUUCACUCUGUGUAAGAGCUCAUCCACAUUUCUGCUUGUCCUGUGCCUAAAAAGAUUAUGUCCAAGCGGUUUCACACUUGACCCACACUUUCUAGACACUGGUCCAAGUGGUUUUGCCUUUGACGUGACACUUUCCCCGGGAUAACCCUCUCCUUUGCACUAAAUCAGAACAAAUGGAAAUCCAUGGAAAACCCAAUGGCCAUUUGUUCCAAUGCAGUGCAAACAACUGGGUUUCCCCAGGAAGAAAAUGGUGGGGCAAAGGAAGGUAUGGAGAAGCCCUCAGACAGGCUUUCAUAAUCUGGUUCCCUCCAGAGGUUUAGGGUGGCAGCUCCUGUCUGGGACUGAUGAAAAAUAGCCCCAAACAUCUGGAGGGCAUAAGAAGAUCCCUGAUGGAUCAGGCCAAUGCCCAUCUAGUCCAGCAUCCUGUUCUCACAAUGGCCAGUCAGGUGCCUGUGGGGAAAUUCUCAAGCAGGACUUGAGCACAAGACCAUUCUCCCCUCCUGUGGUUCCCACAACUGGUACUCGGAAGCAUUGCUGCCUCUGACCAUGGAGGCAGAACAGGGCCAUCCUGGCCAGUAGCCAUCAGUGACCUUCUCCUCUGUGAAUUCGUCCAGUCUUCUUUUAAAGACAUCCAAGUUGAUGGCCAUCACUUCCUCCUGUAGGAGGUUGUUGUUUUGAGUUGUUAGUGGAGAAAUCAUCUGCAAAAUUCCUGCUUUUUUCACUUGGAAAAAAAAGAAAAAAAGUUGUUAAAAGGUAGCAAUGCUGGUACUGUGUGACUGUGUAUCCUGAAAUAUUUCACAAAUGAAUUUAGGAACGCUCUUGUGUCUAUAAAAGGGCAGCCUCCUUAUCAUACCAAGGAUUUUCAUCCAUUUGUAUUGCUAGAGUAGCAGGUACAGAUCCCUGUUCUCAGGACCUUCCAAUUUAAAUCAGGGUUGGGGGAAACUUUGGCCCUCCAGAUGUCGCUGAACUACAACUCCCAUCAUCCCUGGCCAUUGACCAUGCUUGCUAGGGCUGAUGGGAGCUGUAGUUCAGCAACAUCUGGAAGGCCUAAUGUUCACCACACCUGGUCUAAACCAAGGAAAAGGAGGGAAGUGCAGCCAGAAUAAAUAGAGGAGGAAUAUCGGCUUGUUUCAGUUGGACGUGUUGAGGUUUGGCUGCAGGCUCAGUUAGAUGUGGGAAGCGGGAGGCUGUGCGAAAAGGUUCAAAGAGAAGGUGGCUCUUCAGGAGGGAUCUGAAGGCCCAAGCCGACCAUUCAUUAUACAUGACUCUCAUAAGAAUGUAAGAAGAGCCUGCUGCAUGGGGCCAAUGGCACAUCUAGCCCACCGUCCUGUUCUCACAGUGGCUGCCCAGAUGCUUGUGGGCAACCCUCAAGCAGGACUUGAGCACAAGAGCACAGCUACCCCCACCCCAUAGUUUCCAGCAACUGAUCAUGAAGGAAGAACAUAGCCAUUGUUCCUAGCAGCCAUUGAUCAACUGAUUCUUCAGGAACUUGUCUAAUCCUAUUUUAAAACCAUCCGAGUUGGUGGCCAUAUCAUGGACCCUUGUGGCAGUGAGUUCCAUAGUUUAACUAUGGACUGCAUGAAGAAGGGCUUCCUUCCAUCUCCAGUGAUUCACUUACUCCUUUUUUCCUUUUUCUUAUGCAUAACUGUCCACCCUACCUUCAAAUGCUCUGUGCGGGUACAUUGUGGGGAUCCCUUUCAGAAAAUUUUAAACGGCACAUAUGCCAAAAGUUCUCCAGAUUUUGGUGUGCACGCAAACACAAUUCUCUAGGCGAUAAAUAAAGAGGAUGGAGCAACUCUCCUAGAGGAAAGCUUACAGCAUUUGGAACUUUUUAGUUCAUAGAAAAGAUGAAUAAAAGGCGACAUGGUAGACGUUUAUGAAAUUAUACAUGGCAUGGAGAAAGUAGAUAGAGAGGAAAAAAUCCUCCCUCUCUCACAGUGAACAUCUGAGGAUUCAAGACAUACAACAGUGCAUAGAUAAAAAUAUAUUAUUUGCUCCCACCAGAUAUAUUGAUGGCCACCCAAUUGGAUGGCUUUGAAAGACAAUUGGAGAGGUUCAUGGAGAAGGCUGCUAGACACAAUGGCUAUGCUCUGCCACCACUGCUCUGAAGACCAGAUGCUGGGAAUCACAAGUGAGGAGAUGGCUGUUGUGCUCAAGUCCUGCUUCCAGGCUUCCCAUAGGAAUCUCCGCUGGUCACGUUGACAGCAGGAUGCUGGGCUAGAUGAGCCUUUGGCCUGACCCGGCACGGCUCUUCUUACGUUCCUAAACCAUCAUGAUACCUGGGUACCACUUCUGCUGUCAGAGGCCAUAUGCCACUAAAUACCAGUUACUGGGAAUUGCAAGUGAGGAGAGAACUGCUCUUGUGCUUGGGUCCAGGAUGCAGGACCAAAUGGGCCAUUGCCCUGAUCCAGUGGGGCUCCUUUAAUAUUCUUAUGUUUAUAUUCUUGGUUUUCUGCAUCAGGUGUGAUUGGAUGACCCAAUCACAGCUGCUGCAGAGAGGUAGCAAGAUUAGCCACACUCAGAGGAGAUCAGGCGUGAGUCAGUGCCCCAGUUCUUCCUGUUUCCAGUGCAGACGUGGGUCCAGCACAGUGAUUCACUCAGAAGCGCUGGACUGGGAGUCCUUAUUCUUGCAGCCCUUCAGGCAGAAAUUUAUUUAUUUAUUUAUCUCUCUAUAUUUAAAUCUGCUUAAUAUAAAAAUAAAUUUCAUAUAUAUACACAAUUGAAUAAAAUGCCUUUUAAAAGGUAAAUGAAACCAGAAUUGAAACUAUAUACCAUAGAUAAAAUAGAGCAGUGCAUGAAUGAAAAAGUUUAAGAAUUGGGAAUCAAGAAUCUAGGACGGCUUGGGUGAACACAGAGGGCUCAUGUCCAAUGUUACAGUUCCCAGAAUUCCUUGUGAAGAGGGAUUGACUAUUAAACCACACCUGGAGCUGUAGCUGGGUGAGGGGAAGGGGGUUUCUCCUAACAACUCUCAGCACCCUGAACAAACUACAGUUCCCAGGAAACAUUAGGGGAAGCCACAACUGUUUAAAGUGGUAUGAUGAUGCUUCAAAUGGUGCAGAUGGGGCAUUAGAGGAAUGCAAUCCUAUACUGUAUGUUUAAGAAGUGUUUUAAAAGCUGGUUACUAUUUCUGCCUCUCAAAGCACCUGGAGGAAAGGGUGUCCCUCUGAGGAAAUGUAGCACAUUAAUAGAGUGAAAACAAAACUUUUGACUUUACCAAUGGGCAGUAUUGUACUCCUUAGUGGUAAAACAUGUGGUUUGCAAGCAGAAGGCCUUAGGUUCAAUUCCUGGCAUUUUUAGUUAGAUAGGAACAUAGGAAGCUGCCUCAUACUCAGACCAUUGGUCCAUUGGGCCUAGUAUUGUCUACAAUGACCAGCAGCACCUCCUUAGGGUUUCAGGUGGCAAGUCUCUCUCAGCCCUACCUGGAUAUGCCAGGGAUUGAACGUGGGACCUUCUGCAUGCCAGGCAGAUACUCUGCCACUGUACAAAAUAGCAGGUGAUGCAAAAGAUCCUUCUCUGCCUGAAACCCUGGAGAAGACCUGCCAGAGUAGCUAUGAUGCUGAGCUAGCCUGGGGUGGUAUUAGGCAGCUUCCUCCAUUCCUAUAGGGACAGUGCUAUUGCAUUCAGGUCUUGCUUGCAGGCCUCCCUUAGGCACCUGCCUGGCUUCCAUGAGAACAGGGUGUUGGACUACAGGGCUGUUCUUACACUCCAACUUUAAUUUAGGGGGAAAAAAAGUAUAAUUCAGGAGGUGGGGGAAAGGUAUCAUUACUUGCCUGAAGUUUGCAAACCUCUAAACGAUUGCACAAAAUAUUUGGGGGGAGUGAGGCAAUUGCUGCAGUGAGCAGUUUAGAUGUCACAUUAAUUGAACCUGGUAGCUCACUCUGCUGAAUAUAUAUUGAAAAAAUGAGAUAUUCAAAACAGCUUUCCCUUCAGGCCAGAAAAGCUUUUGCACUUAAAUGUCACAAAUUAGUACCUUUAAAUUUUCACAGUAUCUCACUUCCAAAAAUAUCAGACCUGUUCCCCACCACCACCCUCCAAAGUUGAAUACAGUAUUCACAAGAAAGUUGUUUGAGCCAGUUCCUAAGGGAAGAGAUGGUAAGAUUACCCACACAGAACCGCCUCAGCUAGGGAUGGGGCAUUCAAGAUUUUGGACUGCAUACAGGAGCUGCCUCUGUGGCAAAGCGUUUGCCUCUGAGUCAGCAUCUGGUGACAGGAACACUCUAAGUGGGCAAUAGGUGGCUCAUUCACACAUUCAACCUGUUGCUUGAUGCUGCCACCAGCAAGUGAUGCAUAGGUGAACUGACCAGUAGAGUUUCCUUAAUGAUGAUAUGCCCUGUUGUUGUUGUUGUUGUUGUUGUUUACUGUAUCAUCCCAUCUGUCCAUCCAGAGGAGCCCAGGGCAGCAAACACAUUACUGAUAAAACAAUCAACGAUGAAAAGCGUGAAAAACAAUUUCAUAUACAGUCGUACCUUGGUUGUCAAACGCCUUGGUAUUCGGACGUUUUGGCUCCUGAACACCGUAAACCCGGAAAUAAGUGUUCCAGUUUGCGAAUGUUUUUUGGAAGCCAAAUGUCUUUUUUGGCUGUUGGCAUUGUUUCCGGAGCCAAUCAGCCAAUCAGAAGCCACACCUUAGUUUGCGAACUUUUCGGAAGUCGAACAGACUUCUGGAAAGGAUUCCAUUCGACAAACAAGGUACAACUCUCUCUCUCUAUAUAUAUAUUAAAAGCAUUCCAAUGUAAAUAUCUAUAUGAAAGGCUUGUUGGAAGAGGAAGGUCUUCAGCAGGUGCUGGCUAAACCGUAGAGAGGGUGCACUAUCUAACCUAUCCUGUUGAUGUCCUCUUCUAGCUUGGCUCAAGGCUUCUGGGGAAGACUGUGUUGAGAAUGUGGCACUUCCUGGCAAGGCAGGAUUAUGCGAGGAAGAGGAAGAGUCACAACCAAUAACAAUGCAAAGUCCAGUCUGGUAGAGCAGAGUCAAGGUAGGCUCUGCAGGAUCACAACAAGGCAGGUCUGUCAGGACCCUGGACAGAUCACUGUGGCAAAUGCUGGCUGCAACUCUCCCCAGAAGAGCUGUUGUCUUAGCAGCCUGGCUGAUUCCUUAUGAAUUGUCACUGGUCUGACUGGCUGUGGGCCCUGCCUGCCUCUGAAGGCCUGUUUGUUUCUCAAAGGGCCAUUGCAGGUUCCUGGGGCCCAGGGGCAGUGAAGAUUGCAUGGGGCAGGGGGCUUUUAGUCCAAUGAAUCAGGUGAAGCCAUGUCAUCUGACCAGGAAGGUCCUGGAGCGGGAGGUGAUGCCUCCCUGCGUGAUGCCUUCUCCCCUCUGAGUCUUCCUUUGAGCCACAGGUGGGAACAGAGGCCUGAGAACACGGCAGUCUUUUUUUUAAUAUUUCAUUUUUCAUUUUUCAAGACGAUAUUGUUAUACACUCAUAUCUUUUUCAAUUUCUACAUUUCUGGGAUUACUCAGAACCCUUGGAUUCCCCCCACCCCCUAUAUCUAUUUAGAUAUAGAUUAGAUAUAGAUAGAUAUAGAUAUAGAUAUAGAUUAGAUAUAGAUAUAGAUAUAGAAUUACAUUUUUCUAAUCCACAUUAUCUCCUUUUUGAACUCCUUAACCCAUAUUACAUUAUAAGUGUUACAACAAUGCUGUUUAUGUUUUUAAGUAUAUACAGUGGUCUUUAAGGUAUUCUAUAAACUUUUUCUACUCUUGACUGAAUUUCCUGUCAUCUUGGUGCCUGAUCCUCACGGUCAUCUUUGCCAUUUCAGCAUAGUCCAUCAUCUUGGUUAUCCAUGGUUCUUUAGUUAGGACUUUCUUUUCCUUCCACUUCUGGGCAAGUAGCAUUCUUGCGGCUGUCGUCACGUACAUAAAUAGUCUUUUUAAAUCUUCUGGUAUUUCGUCUCCUGUUAACCCUAGUAAAAAGGCUUCUGGGUUGUUUUUUUUAAUAAAAGUUAUCUUAAACAUUUUUUUCAAUUCAUUGUAUAUUAUUUCCCAGAAGUCUUUUACUAUUUUACUUGUCUACCGUAGACCAGAGAACAUGGCAGUCUUUGUCCCUAUGUCCCACUUUACAGAGGAAAGUCCUCUACUUGAAGACAUCCUCUGUUUCAGAGCUGGGUAAGCUGUGAUUCUCCAGAUGCUUUUGGACCACAACACCCAUCAUCCCUGAUCACUGGCCAUGCUGGUUGCUGUGGAGAUCAACCACAUCUGGAAGGCCACCAGUUUGCCACCCCAGCUCUGUUCUAUCCAUUCCAAGUCUGGUUUUAAAAAUAACAAUCCUUGCAUAAGCAAGGAGAUGCAUAUGCUGGGGUCAAGCGUGCAUAGAAAUACAUAUAUUCAUGAACACAAACACAAAAAUGCAUUAUAUUAGGGAAAAUGGCUUUGCAAAAAAUUAUGCUUUGGGCAAAAUUGCAUACCAAAAAUAUGUAUGAGAAACUCGCACAAAAAUGCUGGUGAAUUUUAAUAGGGACUUGUUCUUUCUUUCUUUCUUUCUUGCAAACUGAUGUGAAAAUGUGGAGAACUGAACUUAAGCUUGGAAAAAUGAGGAAAAAAUGAAAUGGGCGCAUUUGCCCACCUCCUUCACUCUUGUGCCAUCUGUAUUAGAGAGCAUCAAAUUUGUUCAGCCAACAUCGCUUUUGUGGGUUCUCCUCCUGACCCUUUAACUGCAUCUUGAUAUUCAAAAAAGAAACUGGUGAUCAUGUCGUCCUGUCCCUUGUUUGCCACACCCAGAAGUUCUUCUUCUUCUGCUGCUACAGGGUUCUCGAAUCUCACUGGAUUUGUAUAUAUAUUUGUUUUUAAACGUGAUUGUGGGGGAACAGCCCACUAUUGGUUUCAAUUGUCUAAACCAAAAGGAAGCUGUCCGGUCUUGUGGUUCAUCUUCAGGAAACCUUGGUUUUAUCCUCAUGUGCCCUCAGCUGAGUCACUAACGGCUUCAGUUUUUUGAAUGGCUUUUCUUUUCAAACAACUCUGCAGCAGAAUUUCAUCCUGGAGCCCCUUGUUCUCUUCCUCAUAAAUCUAGAGUUUGCAGUCUUGAGUGUGGCUAAUGGCAGGGGAUCAGAUGCAAAAACAAAAACAAACAAACCCUGAACCCACCCACCCCCAACCAUUUUAUUCCUUCCAGGGACACCUGUCUGUUUUUGUGGUUGAUUUUCAAGGAGGUGGGGGCUCCUCGACCCUCCAGAUAUUGCAGCAGAGGUCAUCUGCUCAGAGUCUUCUCCACUGUGGUGAAAAGUAUUGUGUUUCUUUUAAAAUCAUAGUAAUUCUUUACAAAUUGCAUAUAAACACAUAUUUCAUGCAAUUCUGCACCCUCUCUUAUCCUAUUUUUGUGUGUGAUGUAGAAACAGUCACUUUCACCAAUACCACCAACUUACUGAGAAGGCCCUCAUCUUCCUGAUCGCUUGUGAUGGCACAGGGAUGGGCUGGGCAAGUGGGCAAUAGCUCAGUGGCAGAGCAGCUGCUUUGCACGCAGACAGUCCCAGGUUCAAACCCUGAAAUCUCCAAAUAGGACUGGGGAAUGCUCCUACCUGAAAUUCCAGGGGGCUGCUGCCAGUCUGGGAGCUAGAUGGGAUGGUUGGUCUGACUCUGUUUAAGGCAGCUUCCUAUGAGAGAGUGCUGUGGUAGUCAGGUCCUUGCACGCUUCUUCCAGGGGUCUCUUGAAACCCUGGAGAGCUUCUGCCAACUGGUGUUGACAAUAUUGGGUUUGUUGUUGUUUAGCCGUUUAGUUGUGUCCGACUCUUCGUGGCCCCAUGGACCAGAGCACCCAGGACCAGAGUCCUGAUAUUGGGUUAGAUGGACUAAUAGUCUGACUUGGUAUAAGCCAGCUUCCCAGGCUUCUAUUGAUGUGUCAGCCCUUUAAUCAUAGCCAUGAGGACUGGAAGCUUCCGUUAUUUUAUUUUUUAGCAAACAGGCCAUAACUUGGUGGUAGAGCACCUGCUUUGCAUGCAGAAGGUCUCAGGUUCAAAACCUGGCAUCUCCAGGUCAAAGUGGGAAUAGUGUGGGGAAACCCAGAAGUACUGUGGAGAAGGAUGAUGGUAUCUGCUGAAUCUGUCUGGCUUGGUGCUUCUCUGCUCAGCACUGAGUCAUUAAUAUGUAAUAAUACUAAAUAAGAAUAAUAAAUAGGGACAUGCUCACAACACGCCAAUUCUCAUUUGAAGGACCCAAGAAUGAGUGGUCCUGAGACCUUCCACCGUCCUUAUUUUCCAUUGCUAAGGGCUUGACUCUAUCUCUUCCUUGUGCUCUCUUUGCUUGCUUUGCAAUCGCCUCUCUCCUCCAGCGAUUCCAAAGCCAGAAGAGGGUUUUGUUCCUUUCUGCUCAAAAUAAACAAAACAGAGCUGUCCCAAAAUAGGUGACCAGCAGUUCAGAUGCGGCUCAGCAGCUGCUGAGUGUGAAAUGGCAGGCUGUGAACUGCACAGUGCUUCAGUGUCCUCAUGUCUGCCUCGACACUAGAGAGGAGGCAUCUGCUCCCCGCUCAGAGGUUUCACUUCCAGGGAGUCUGGGGACGCAGCUGAAUUCUGAAGAAGAACGACUUUAGCAACUCACACUCAAGGGGGGGGGGGGAUGUAACAAGGCAUCUCCAAAAGGCAGGGGACAUGAAUUUACUAGGGACACGAACCAAAAAAUGGAGCCAUUUGGAGCAUACGUUUUAAGAGGAAUAGGGUAGCACCCCUGCUGGGUAGAUGCAAACAUCGUUGGAAAGCACACUGUGCAGGAGAUCCCAAAAGGGAAACUGAUGUGGGGUGUGUGGGUGUUCAGGUUGCAGCCUGCCUUUGCUGAGCACAACAGCAUUGCCUUUAAGUUCUCAGAUAGCCACUGAAGGAGAGCCAUAUGUUCGCUUUUCCAAAAGCUGCAGCAAUUUGCAGGCAGAGGGGGAUGGGGAGAGGGGAGGGGCUGUGCUUGCUGCCUCCGCCACUCGCAGUGGGAUGUCAGAGAGGGUGAAAGCCAGGCCUCUCUGUGUAAAUAACCCUGCAGGGCGCUGGUGUGUUCACUCUUGCGAUAGACAGCGACUCCCAUUAACCUCAAAAGGGUUGGGGUUUAAUGGAGGGUUUCUUUGGGUUUUGGAACCGAGUGCUGGUGAAUGCUGAACUCAGAAUAAACCCUGCUCACGAGGCUGGUUAGACGAUAUAGAUCACGAAGACAUUUGCACACUGGGGAAACCCUGCUGUAAAAACAGGAUGGUGGGGAAUGUCUACCACGCAGAGGAUUUGUUUGCAUACAGUUAAGGAUAAUUUGUUCCAUUAUCCUAAGAGCAAACAGCCAAGGCCUCCGUGAUCAAGGUAUUCCAGAGUGUUUCAGCUGUGUCUACCCACCCACCAUGAUUACAAGUCACUAUAAUACCCUCUAGGGUAGCAAUCCUAGGGCUGUUCACACAACCAGAGUUGCUUCAUACUAGGAAUGCUUGAGGGAUUAGGUUUUUGGCAAAGUCCACUGUGAAACUGACCUGAUCUGUCUUUUCUAGGCUAACAUGCAAAUCAGAACUUAGGAAAGUAGGAAACUGCCUUAUGCUGCACCAGACCUUUGGUCCAUCUAGCUCAGUAUUGAUGGACCUCCAGGGUUUCAGACUAGGCACAAUCCCAGUCCUACCUGGAGAUGCUUCAGAUUGAAAUCAGGACCUUCUGCAUACUGUUAAAUGUGUGUAAUAGUGUAUGGAGGGAAUUAUGCUACCCGAAGAGCUUCAGAAUAAGGAAAAUGAGAACAUAAUGAGAGUUCAUCUGGACCAGCCCAUCCAGCAUCCUGUUCUCACAGGGGCCAACCUGGUGCCACACAAGCAGGACGUGAGCCCAACAGCACGCUCUCCACUAACGUUCCCUAAGAACUGGUAUUCAGAGGCCGUAUUGAGGAACUACACACAGCCAUAAUGAGUAGCAGUCAUUGACAACCUCUAUCUCCGUGAAGUUGUCUAAUCCCCUUUGAAAGCCAUCCAUGUUAGUGACUAUGUCCACACUGCCACUUGUCUCGCACUUUCCUCUGGGAAAACCUGCUCCUUAUCACUGAAUUGGAGCAAUUGGCUUUUCCAUAGACUGACAUUUGUUCUGAUUCAGAAGUGAAGAAUGUGUUUUCCCAGGGAAUGCGGCAGGGCAAAUGGGAAACUGCUUGGACCCUUGCUUUCUAGGUGUGUGGACAAGCCCACAUCUCUAUUCCUUUUGGUGCCUGUUAAAAACAUUUUUGUUCAGGCAAGUUUAUCCAGGUGUGUAGAAGUUGGCAUGUAUUUUAAUCAGUUUUCAGAUGAUUUGUUUAUUUUAUUUAUAUUUUGGAGUUUUUGAAUGCGUGUUUUUAACUUUGUCUUGCGUUGACAAUUUUAAUCUGUGGUGUGUGGGUUUUUUUGUUUUAUUUUUGGGCAAACUGCAAAUAGACCCUCUAAGCAAUCAAGCAGUAUAUAAAUUAUGUUAAAUAAAAAAGUAAACCUUUGGAGAGCAAAUUCCAGAACUUAACUAUGUGCUGCUUGAAGAAAUGUUUAGUUAAAACUAGUUUGCAACCUGCGCAAUGUAUCCAGCUUAUGUUGCUUUUUAUUGUCACCGUCACCUCACAAAUAAGUGAGGUUUGAUAAAUAAGGAAACAUUCACUGAAACAAGGAAGAGUUAGGAAUCCUAUUCCAGAUGCAGCUGCUCACCACAAAGGCUGGCAUCAGACAUGGGCCAUGUUGGGGUGCUUGGGCCUUUGACAACUGCCCAACAAUGUCGGGUACCAACGACUGCUUUGCAUAGGACAGUGGUUUUCAACGGACGUGCCGCCGUGCCCUUGGGUGCAUUGUAUGAUGGUCAGAUGUGCUGUGGGUGGGGGGAAUCUCGGGCAGCACCAGCCUCCAUCCCUCUUUCCUUCCUUCCUCUUAAUAGAUAGAUUAGAUUAAUAGAAGAGGCUGUGUGUGGCAGAAGUGAGGGCUGCAUCACCUGCAAGGCAUGAUCUGCAAGGCCUGAUGGGAAAUGUAGUUCCUGAGCCCUGUCUUUGCCUCAGAUGGGGUGAAGUUCCAAGGCAUGUACACACACACACACACACACACACACACACACACACACACACUAUCUCUCUCUCUCCAACCCCUGACCCUAGGGGUGGGAAUUUAGUAGGGCUUGCUUACAAGUAGGCACAGUUAGGAUUGCAGGGAAUGGAAUUCCUUCUCUCCACACACGUACCAUGCACACAAACACACAACUCACACGCACCAGGGAGAUCUGUGUGUGUGUUUUAUGAAGACUAAAUGGCCAUUGCGGUAUAUCAGUAUACCAGUGCUUCAAAGUGCACUUUGUAUCUUUUUCUGAUUGCUAUAUAAAUUUGUUUUCAUUUUCCUCCCAACUUUCAAAAGCAACAUUUAGCAAAGCAAUGAAUGGCUUAUAAUUUUUUAAAAGCCUUUUCAAAGCUGUGCUGCUUAAAUUUGAAGCCUUAAAGGAAUGAUGGGCAAAACCAGUAAAUGAUGAAACUACACAAGUUUUUACCAGAUAUCCCACAGGGGAGCCGCGUAAAGAAUGUAGUUGGUCAAGGGAGCGGUGGACUCAAAAAGGUUGAAAGCCUCUGAUACAGGAAAUCAUUCUCGAGGAAAUCAUUAUUUGCAAUCUGACCUGAUUUGCACCUUCUGGGCUAAUGGGCGGAUCAGCUUCCAAUUGCCCAGAGGUGUACCUAGGGGUUGGCAAAAGUGCCCCCCCGGGGGGAGGGGUAGACCGCCACCCCCCCAAAAAAAUAACCUAUCAGGCUAUGUAGUAUAUGUCUGUGGCUCUGCACUGCAGCUGUCAUGGUGAAAUCAGAUGCAGGAGAAGUUUCCCAUCCUCCUUGCACCGUGGCACAAAGGCAUUCAAUUUUUUUUCACUCUUUUGGCAGGCACCAAUAUGGCUCCUUGCCAGGUGUGCAAGAGACCCUAGGCACACUUCUGCAGUUGCCCUUCAGAUUUCACACUUCUCCAAAUUUUAUGGUGCAAUUCUCAACUCAUAAUAUCCCCAUGUGUAUUUUAGGACGAAAUGCAUUUAGAAAUGUGAAUUUUGUGAGAAAACUGCAUUUAAAUAUGAAUUUUUAAGUAAGAAAAAUGGUAGAUUAAUGUAGGAAAUGGGACACAACAGACUUAUUGCACAGACUUAUUUUCCAUAUAUGUUUCUCUGUGCCCAAAGCUGGCAGAAGCAAACAGCUCUCAGUGGCAGGUGAUUCACAUCAGGACUAGGGAAGUCAGGGAAGCCAGACAUGGGUGGAGCAAGAGCCAAUGAUGCUCAUAGGCAGAAUCAGUGGCAAGCAGAGCCAACUGAUUAUAGUUCUGUCCUAUUCCUCCUCCCAGCUGAAUUCUACACAAGCAAGACUGAGACUAAAGAGGAGAAAGCUGACAGGCAGGUCCCACCCUCUGGACCACUUGUAAAUGGGAAAGGUUGAGAGCAGACCGAGGUUGGUGGGGCGGUGCCUUAUUUGCUCUAAUGGGGCAGCCUUGAAUCCCCCUUACAAAUAUUUUGGGGAGAUAACUGUGUUGCCAGUCCACUAUGGAGAGAGCUUCAAGGUAUUAAAAGACCUGGCUAUCAGAAAGACUGCCUUCUCCUAUAUAGACCACCACUGUGAUCUACUGAGGCUGACUGAGCCGUUCACCUGACUGCAGUGUGGGGAAGGGCCUUCUCAGUGGUGGCACCUGCCCUGCGGAAUGAUUUUCCAGCAGAGAUCAGGCUUGCUUCAAUGCUAGGUGGUCUAAAAAGUCCUCACUUACCCCAGCAUUUUCCUGAUCAUUUUUGCUUUAUUGGUUUGGCUUUGCGUGUUUGUGUGUGUAUAAUUUCCCCCUGUUGUUCUGACUUGGUUUUAUUAAUCUGAUUUUAUUGAUUGUAGUAGAUGGUAUUGUGUUUCAUAUGCAAGCUGCUUUUAUAGUUUGUCACAGAAGUGAAAAGUGAUAUACAGAUGUUCUGAACGAAGGAAUAAAUCCAGGUGUUGGCUCACACCACUAUCCAAAUUGGAGAGAAACAAGCCUUUGCUUUGUUCUUCCAAACAGAAUUCAACUGUGCAUCCCAGACAGAUACUUACAGGCCAAUCAAGUAGUCUAUUGUGUGUGGCUGAUUAGUCUAAUGGCGUCAUACACUUCAUGCAUGACACUUCAAAUUACAUCUUCAUUCAUAUUUGAAAAGAGAAAUGAUUACCGUUGCCUGAUGCCCAUCUUCCUGCUAGAGCGAGGCAGCUAUUAAGCUGGGGGGGGUCAGUCCUCCAGCUUCGUGAACACAGCACUCCUUAUCACGUCUCUUCAGGGCCCUCUCUUUGUUUUGUUACUGCCUCACAGGGUGAGACAAAAAAUAAAUAAAUACCCCCCCCCCCCGUUAUUCUGAAAUUUGCAUGGGGCAUUUUUCUUUCCAGUUGAGAUUUGCAUAGCCUGGUACCUAGAUGCAGCUCACGCAAUGUGAAGGGAAUCUAGCAUUUUUGAUGAGAUGGAUGUUUGUCCCUUUCAAAGGCUAAAAAAACACACAAAAACUCAUCUAGAUUUUUGGAAAUGGAUAUUAUGCAAAAGUAAAAGAUUUGCAUCCACUGACUUAGUGAGCGUGGUUCCAUUGGGGUAGGUAGGUUUAAAGAUUUAUGGAGAUGGGCUAGAGUAAAAGUAGAAGGAAAAUGUAAAAGCAGGCUUCCCCAACCUGGUGCCCUCCAGCUGUUUUGGACCACAGCUGCCACGAGCCCCAGCCAGCCCUCUAGGAAGGCCUCUAGUCACAGCCACCCCACAUAUAUUUAAAGUACAACUCCCCCCCCCCAAUAAUCCUGUAAACUGUAACUUAGCCCCUCUCAAAGCUACUACAGCACCCUUAGCAAACUAUGGUUUCCAUGAUGCUUUGCGGUAAGCGAUGCUCUCAAAAUGAAUGAUGCGGACAUGGUCUUUGAAUACCCAGUACCCAGUCACAGGGGAGAACUCCAGCCUUCAUGCCUUAACAGGGGUCUUCCCAGUUCCUCUAGGAUGUGACCUGGAGGCUCCAUUGAGCUGUCAUGUGACCCAAAGCCAUAAUCUCUUGCCACAGAAAAUUGCUUUGCAGGCAGGAGGUCCCAUAUUCAAUCCCUGGCAUCUCCAGACAAGGGCUGGGGGAGACUUCUGCCUAAAACCCUGGAAAACUGCUGCCAGUCAGGGUAGACAAUACUGGGCUAGAUGGACCAAUGGUUUGACUCAGUGUAGGGCAGCUUCCUAUGUCACACUGCAGAUUUGUCAAAAAGCAUCGUGCUAUUGGCAAUUCUAUUUAACUACAGCAAGUUCCAAGAAUCUUCGGUACUCAGCCCACUGAUGGCAACCCCUGCCAAGAGUGCAGGACCAACCAGCCACACACUUUUCCAGAGGUGUGUGUUUGCUGAUACCAGAGCAAGCACUGUCCUUCCCCCCUCCCCUGCACCAGCUAACAUGAAACCCCUGCUUCUUCUGUUCCUCCUUCCCCGGAGGUCUAGAUUCAUGACCCAUGCUGAGAUCCAUUAUCUGAUUUCUAUAGCCAGCUGACUCAGAGAGGGACAAAAGCUAUUCCAGAGAUACAGGGGAAGAAUAAAAUAAUGGACUUUGCUUGGAAACAAAUUCCCUCUCUCCCUGUCCCCCUUCACAGCUGCGUUCUCUUUGUGUAACGAAAAGCAGGAAGGGCUCUCCAAAGCCCUCUCCCACAUUGGAGGACAAGGGAAUGGGAUGUCUAAAUGCCCACCCCCCCCUCCAGCUCUGGGUUCAGAAUGCCAGUGGAAUCAAGUGGGAAGUGGGAGAAAGUGAAUCAAACCUGGCUCAUAGCCAAAGCAAAAGGCCUCUGUAUGUCAUCUGUUCCAAGCCAUAGUGCAGCCAAGGCAAGAUGUCAGGGCUGGAGCCCAGCCCUUUGCCCCUACAGCUGAUAAUGAUGGCUACUGCACAGGGGGACUGGUAGGCUGGAAGGCGGGGAGCCCAACACUAGGUGGCGCCAAUGACCAGUUGGUAGUUCAGAGCACAAACUUGUAGACUUGUAGAGGUUUGACUAUUAAGUGACGGAGGGUAAAUUUUCUGUGGGAAUAUAUUUGCAAGAUACAAGGUAAGGUGAAUGCCAGGGGAGGGAGGGAUAGCACCAUGGUGUGUGCUGCACACUGAUUAGCUGGGACUGGAGUGUGACAGAACAGGGGUUUGUGGUGAGGGCGAAGGAUAGUUGGGUGUGGGAGUGAGUGGAGGGUGGCUGGGUGGGUGCUGAGGAGUAAGGGGUAGAGCAGGCAGGGUAGGAAUGGGACUAGAAUUAUAAACACAUGCUGAAAUUCAAAGCAUCCAAACACUGUUAUUAGAAGCAAAUCAUAUUAGAACCUGUUACAGCCAGCUUUUACUGUAGUAAUAAAGUUUGCUUAAUCCAACCACAUCUCAUAUUUGGCUAAGCUAUCAGGGCUGUGACAAAAUAAGUCAGAGAUAGUGGUACAGUGGUACCUUGGGUUACAGACGCUUCAGGUUACAGACUCCACUAACCUGGAAAUAGUACCUCGGGUUAAGAACUUUGCUUCAGGAUAAGAACAGAAAUCGUGCAGUGGCAGCGGGAGGCCCCAUUAGCUAAAGUGUUGCUUCAGGUUAAGAACGGACCUCCAAAACGAAUUAAGUUCUUAACCUGAGGUACCACUGUAUCUAUAUGUUGGCAGUGGAAUGCCAGCAGCUGGGAAGUUGCUUGAGGUCUUGGGAGCCCAAAGCUGGGAACCCUUUAAAUCAAAUAGCAACCCAGCGGCGUUGAAAUAACUUUUCCAAAGCAAAAGGGAUGCGUGGUUUGAGUCAAAGUAGCCUCUUGCUCUUAAGUGGUGGGCUUGAGUAGGGGAGGGCACGACUGUAUCCUUACAGCCCCUCCCCUCCUCAAAAUUUCCCGACUUCUUUUCUGAAUCUGCAUGGAUGAGCAGGAAUGGUGAAGGGAAGCGGGGCAGAGGAGAAAAUACUUGCAGCGCCCAUUAUGAGCUCAGGGAGGAUUAUGUGAGUAUCACAUGGACGUUCUCUUUUAAAACUGACAUGUGGAUUCUGGUAAUUUAAAGGCAGAGACAGCGAAUCCAAAGAAAUAGAUUUCCUUGCUGUCUCCGAUCUUUGAUUUGUGGAGUUCAGAUGAGUCUAUAAAUAGCAGGCAAAUAAGAACCAGCCUUGGGUUUCCCCCAGUGUGUUUGAUGGGUUAUCUGGAGGUGAGAGGCUGUUGUUUCAUUGUCAGGCUGCUGAAACUACAUGGGGCCUGGGAGAUGAGAGACUUUUGAGGAAGAGGGGGUAGGUUGAGAGUCUUAAGGAACAAAGUUCCACUUUGGCUCUUGAAAGGCUGUAUAGCUCAAUGGCAGAGCAUCCGGUUUGCAUGCAGAAGGUCCUGGGUUCAAUUUCCAGCAUGUCCAGGUAAGACUAAAAGAGAUCUCUGUCUGAAAUUCUGAGCAGCCACUGCCAGGCUGUGUAGCCAAUGCUGUGAAGUGAUGGACCAAUAAGGCAGCUUCCUGUGUUUCAUUUCAAGAUGAAGACACCCUAAAUAAAUAAAUAAAUAAAUAAAUAAUUUAUACCCAGCCCAUCUGGCAGGGCUUCCCCAGCUACUCUGGGCGGCUUCCAACAAAAUAUUAAAAUACAGUAAUAAUUGUCAAACAUUGCAGGCAGUAGAAAGAAAGAACACCAAAUAAUGCAGCAAAGUCACUAAUGAAGAGAAGCAGGGGAUGACAACUCAAAGUCCGUGAUGAUACAUGGUUACAGAUAAGUUUGUGGGGCAAUUACAUAUAAAAUAGCAUCAGCAACUGCCAAGAGUGUCUGGAUAUAUGUAAAAGCCUGUCAAAUAGCUCAAGUGGUUGAGCACAAGACUCUUAUCCUCAGAGACGUGGGUUCUAGCUUCACUUUGGGCAAAAAGAUUUCUGCAUUGCAGGGGGUUGGGCUAGAUGACCCUUGGAGUCCCUUCCAACGCUAUGAUUCUAUGAAAAAAUAAUGCCCAUCAAAAGCCAGCUGAGAGGCCUUAGGUGUGGUGUAAGUGCUAUUCCACUGGUGGAGAGGAGAAUCUCUAACAGUGCCACCCCCGCCCCCUGAAGGGAAAGCUCCCCUGACUUGCCUAUGAGAAGUGCAGAAAUUUAAAAUGCAAUACAGUGGUACCUCGGGUUAAUAACUUAAUUCAUUCCGGAGGUCCGUUCUUAACCUGAAACUGUUCUCAACCUAAAGCGCCACUUUAGCUAAUGGGGCCUCCCGCUGCUGCUGCGCCGCCAGAGCACGAUUUCUGUUCCCAUCCUGAAGCAAAGUUCUUAACCCGAGGUACUAUUUCUGGGUUAGUGGAGUCUGUAACCUGAAGCACCUGUAACCUGAGGUACUACUGUACAGGGAUUGGGGAAGAGGGAACUGAAAAAUCAUCUCCACCCCCAGCUUCGGUCCUGGCCAGAGUGAGCCAAGGCAGCUGAGGCCACAAUGCCUCCUCUGCCACAAAAUAGCUCUCUCCCCUUUGCACGUACCUUCAGAUUGCUUCAUUAGUUAUUUAGCUGAUAUGGGGUCAGAAAAAUAAGCACCUGCAUUUAAUUGGCUUGUUAUCACUGAAGCAGUCAAUACACAAAACUGAAAGCCUGGGUCGUGUUGAUGCACUUUGACAUAAAUUUAUUUCCCAACCCCAAAUACUGCAGUCCUCACUACACCUGAAAUUAAAGGCCAUUUUGCCGGGACAUCUGUGCACAAUAGCCUGGAUUUGUAUUUUAUUUUUGGUUGUGCCCAGCUGCAGCAACAGCAACAUCUGCCCUGAGUGCAACCUGAACUAAGUCCCUAAGCAGGCGAGCAUCGGCAGCUUGUUUGGGUUUCUUUAACUGAAUAAGGUAAUGGGAUGUUAUUAUUUCUUUUUAGCAUGGAACUUUCAUAAUUGUUGAUGCAAAGCUAAAUAUUAGCUCACACUGAGGACAGAAGGCUAGGUAGAGGGGCAUGAUUGCAGCUUCUGAUUGGCCCUGUGCCUGCAGCCUAACACAGUCAAGCACAUUUGGCCAUUGCACCCUCCUGAUAUUGCUGGGGGUAGAAAAAACUGGAAACAUACAACAUCCAGUGGAAUUUAGGGGUGGGAAGUUCUUGCCUACAAUAGCUGUAAGUAGGAGAAGUCUAUAUCUGACCAGUAAGAGAAUUUCAGCAACCAUAUCCAUACAGAACCACAAUCAUUUCUAAGCAUGCCCCAGUAUUACAUGGGGGGCAGUUUAAAGUAUGGAAAUGGCUUAAUACAACAGUAGAAGGAAGGGAAUGAGAUCAUGGAUGCACACAAGCACACUCACAUGCUGCCUUUCCAGGAAUUUGCAACAUUCCCAGCCCCAUAAGUUCCAAGCACCUGACAGGGAUCUUACAAUUGAGACAGAUAAUAUAUAUUGAUCUGCCUAAAUAAACAACAGGAGCAGAGGUCAACUGGAUGACAUCAGCUUGCAGAGUGCUCAGCACCAUCUGCGAAAAGGAUACAAGGGAGGUGCAUUAUUUAUCAGAGAAUGACUUUCUUCUUGCCAUAUGCCUAGUGAGGUUCACCACCCAAAGCUUGCUGAAUGCUUAACUGCACAGCUAAUUAGACCCCCUCCCCAGGCUACUCGUCAAAGGAUCCAGAUAAGUCUUUAUCCCUCUCUUAUUCCCCCUCUCGAAAACAGAGUUAUCUAGUUCAGUGGUUGUUUUGUUUUCUCCUUGAGAAGUUAGCCUGAAGUGCUAACAUUAGCAAAAACUGAGAGCAGCAGCCAUGAAGCCGGUUGAUGAUAACCCUUUGUGUAUUUGCAUUGGGGCUGUAUUCUUCAAUGGGUGGAUUAAUAAACUAAAGAUUUACUCCCACCAUUUCCAGGCUGUGCUCUUGAGACCCUUAGAACUUUCCAUAGUUCCUCAGUGAGAAAGGAAAGUGAUGGCCGACUCAUUUCCCUAUGUGUGCUUGAAUACAGUACUUGGGUCCCUGGAUGUUGUUGUACUCCAACUCCCCUAAUCCCCAGCCAGCUUACCCCAAGGAUGAUGGGGACUGUAGACCAACAGCAUCUGGGAGAACCAAGGUUGAAGAACACAAUUUUGAUGUAUUGUGUUUCAUAUUGUGCUCCAACUUCACUUGAGGGCAUAGUGAGGCCUGGCAGGGCUAGGUAAUCCUCUUGGGAGCAGAGUGUGCAGUCUGGCAUAUGUUCCAGAAUCCUCUGCAACAUGCUAGAAUUCCAGAUCCCUUGGCAAAGCAAGUCAAUGAGGAAAGGGUACCUUGGAAUUAGAAAGAGUAAAGCCCCACUUGGUUCAUACUUGGAAGGUACUUUGGUUCCGGUGUGUUUCCGUAAUAGAGAAUGAAAAAAGAAAAUAUUAGAGAUGGCCACUCUUUCUAAGUGGCAACUUAUUAUAUGGUAUGAUGAUGAUGAUGACUUGUUAGAUGCUUUUUACCCAAAGGUUACCAUUAUCUUCCUAUAUACAUAAAAAUACAAGGUGUCAUCAUGCUUAUUUGUUGGCAAACAGAGCACUUGUCUUCAGGAAACAUGGCAGAGAAAGGAGACCUUGGAAUAUCUUUACCAUCAGUCUAUCUACAUCUAUAUCUUCCUGUGUACUCAUAUACUGCAUCCCACAAGAAAGGAAGUUCCGUACUCCAGUAGGGGUUCUCAACUGCCUAAAUACCUCUGUGCUACAUCACUUUGAGCCAAGCUGGUCUAGAGACUGUAGUGUUGGAUUUAAGUUGGGGAAGGCUUGGGUUCAAAUUGCUGCUGAGUUGUGUAGUGACUUUGGUGCAGUAAGUGUAACCUUCCUCACAGAGUUAUUGUGAGAAUGGGGGGGGGGAGGGAGAUGUAUGCUUCCCUCCCUGAGCUCUUUGGAAGAAUGGUGAUAUAUAUACAUACUAUUCUUCCUUCAAGAAGCUCAAACCCUCCCCUUCUCUCAUGACACCAGUAGUCAUAAUUCUUCUCCUAUGGACCACUUGAAAAUUGCUGUGGGGGUCUCAGUGGAUCACUUAAUAAACUUUUUUUGGUUCUACAAACCACAGCGCAUCCAUAAUUCAUAUUUUAAUAAUGGUAGCCUUGCUCUUCUAGUGUGAUGGAUGUGCCUGUUUUUGUAAGCAAAAUGUUCCACAACCUUUCCACGGAUCACCUGAAUGGAGAUUGUGGGCUACCAGGGGACAGAAACCACAGUUUAAGAGCCUCUGACUCACAACAAUCCUGUGAAGUAGGUUAGACUGAGACAGAGUGGCUGGCUGAAGAUCACGAAGUGAGAGUCAUGGCUAACUGGGGUGCUGUAUAAGAGUUCCCCCACUUCUGGUCACCACCACUUUAUAAUGGCAAUCAUUUACUGAAUGCAAUUGAUACAUAAGCAUGAAACAUGUUUGUUUCAAACAUAGCUUUCCUCUUUAAAUGGACAUGAGACAGAUAAGAACUUAUCAGCCUCCUGCUUCUGUGUGUUUUUAAAGGGGAAAUCUGCCUUUGAAAUACAUCUGCACCCUUCAUAUCAUCAUCAUCAUCAUCAUUUUAAAUAUAUUACCCACCCUUCACUGUGAGGUCCUAAGGUUAUAACUAUUUAAAAUUCAAUGUUGUAAACAGAACAAAUUACAGGAGUCGGGUAGGUCCUGAAAACACGUAUCUUGGGUGUGGAAGGUAAAGAAGUACAUCUUUAGCAUAUAGCAGAAGCUAUAUAAUGAAGGUGGGGAGAGAAUUCCACAUCCUGGGAGCUGCUACAGAGAAGAGCCUUCUCAUCGGCCACUCCCUCCACUCCAAACUUCUGAGGGCAGUGGCACUACUCAGGGGCCCCCCUCUGCUUAUCGUAACACCCAAGAGGGACUGCUGGGAAGGAGGCAGUCUUACAAAUGUAGGAACUUUUGUGAUUAAAUAAUAUAAUAUCUCCUUGGUGCAUAAAUGCGGGAAUGAAAUUCAGCACUUGAAUUGCCUAAUGUGUGGACAAGAAGGAGAGAGAGAGAGAAAGAAAGAAAGAGCCAAAGGAGACAUGGAACUGGGGUCCAGGCUUCAAAAUAUUGGCAAGGGGAAAUGGGUGCAUUUUGCAGACAUAAAAUACAGCAUCUCAGCCCACCCCCAUGUACUCUUGGAAAAAAUAAAUAUGUGGGCUCUUUAGCCAGGAUGGUGUAGAAACUGAGAAGGAAGUCAAGAGUGUAAAAUGGCUCUGAAUGCCCCUGGGUGCUUUGAAAGCCAGAGAGCUUUUGUGUGCUUUGAGGAAAGACUGUGUUUAUUCUUCAUGACUUCUCUUUAGUUCGUUCCUGCAGCCAGUAGCCAUGCAGCGAAAACACAAAAAAUGGGUUUUUGGCCUACUGAACUUUUUGCUACUCUCCAAGGUGCUGAAAUGCCAGCCAAGCACUUGCCUUGCUGUCCAAAGUGCUGAAAUGACCGCCACUAUGCUCUUGCGGCCUGAAAGCCUGUGGGAAACUGCAGUGGAUCAAAGAGGAAGCAUAGGAAGCUGCCUUAUACCAAGUCAGACCAUCUAGCUCAGUAUGGGUUCAUCUAGUAUUGUCUACACUGACUGGCAGCAGCUCUCCAAAGUUUCAGACAGGAGUCUCCCUCAGCUCUACCUGGAGAUGCAAUUUGGCAGUACUACUCAAUGGGCUGCUACCCAUUUGUUGGGCGGAUGAAGUUGCAGGAACCUGGCCAGUCCCUUUUAAUAGCUUAGAGGUGGGUCUCCUAUAGGGCCCAUCCACUCAUUCAUUUUAUUUGUAUGCCGCUUUUACACACACACACAAAAACCAUGCUCAAAGUAGCUUACAACCAAUAAAAUCAUAGAAUUGUAGAGUUAGAAGGCACUUGGGGAUCAUCUAGUUCAACCCCCUGCAAUGCAGGAAUCUCAACUGAAGCAUCCCUGACAGAUGGCCAUCCAACAUCUGCUUCUCCAGAAAGUUCCCUUCAAAACAAAAAUUGAGACGUUAUUAGAUUCCUGGGGGUGCCUCCCAACUCUAAACUCUCUGGACCUUCAAUUAUUUUAAAGGGAUGGGCAAAUGUCUGUCCUGCACCUUCCAUCAUGGAUAGGUUGUUUAGACUGCAGAGCUAAGUCCAGGAAAGAUCUUACAUAGUGCCAGUAAUAUCAUUAUUGGCUCUCCAGAAUCACUUAGCUUUGAUUCCUACAUUUCAGGGGGUUGGACUAGAUGACCUUUGGGUUACUUUCAACUCUAUGAUUCUAUGAUCUCUCUUAGGCUGAGUGGGUGCAGUUAUGGAAUAAGAGGUGCUAUUUACGCAUAUAAAAAUAAUAGUAAUGAUCAUUAGCUCAAAGCCCAGCAUUCUGGCUCUACUGUGGUUAUAUAGCUGUGGCGGUUGUUUGUUUUUAAAGAUCAGUACUACCCCAUCUGUGUUGUAUGCCUCAGCCAGAUAGGAAGAUGCUCACUUUACAAAGAUGCUCACACUGUAAAGAUGUUCACAUGUUUCUUGGAAUCUCACCAGGCUACCUGGGAACAUCUUUGUGCUGCAGCGUAUGAGAGCUGCUUUGAACACCACAGGAGUAAACGCCAAGACUUUUGCUUGAAAAAGGCAGAGUAAGGAAAGCACAUGAGUCAGGGCUGUCAUGAUGGGCAGGGGUGGGGCAAUAUUUUCAGGCCAAGGACCACAAGGUAUUGGGGGCACAAUCCAUUAGUUUCCCCUCCUCCCACCCUUCUCUCUGUUUCUCAAACAGAGAGCACUGUUUCUUAUGGAAACCAGCAUAUAUUCAAUGCCCAGAAACUCCGCUUAUCCUUUAUGUGUCCUGAGAGCACAAAAGGCAAAACAAAUCCCAGUCAUCCCAGGAGAAUGAUUCAGAUAAAGUCAAUAUACAGCUGAACUGUGAACCCUGCUAACUUACAGCAACUUACACCAAGCCUCAAACUUCAAAAUGGAACUGCAUCCCAAAAAUUGCAUCGGCACAAUUGCAAAUGCACAUACAGCUUUCUGCAUAUUUGCAAGGAACACGAGUCCAUCUCUCUGCUGACACAUUUCCCCCUACUUUGAUCUUCUUGCUGAGGAAAGGGCUGCAGUCACACACUUUGUUCAACACCAAAGGUGUUUUCCCUCUCAUCUGCUUCCCCCUGAACAGCUGAUGGGCAGGAGAGGAUCCAGAGUGCUGGAUGAAAUAUGACUGCAGGCUACAUCUGGCCCAUGGUCUCACCUAACAUUGGGAGUGCCUGUGCUCAUAACCCACCUCCAAUGUCAUUUGGUGGUAAGACGGCAAAUCCAUGUGGCCUUGAUUCACAUGGUGAGUCCUAUUGAUUGAUGCUGUUGAGGGUGUGGGAUGAGGGCUGGGAAACUCUAGAGCAGGUCAGCAUCUUGGUUCAGAAAGUACUGCUACACAGCAAAGGUUUGUUCUUGAGAUCAUGGGAUAUUCUGGAUCCAGGCAGGAAAUCUCUGAGGGCCAGAUUGGAUUAUAAAAUAAACACAAAGCAGAUAGCAAUAGAUGGAUAGAUAUAGAUCACCAACUUACUAAUGACUCCUGGAUCUUUGCAUGAAAAAUCUGCAGGUGGAGUUGCACAGGUGGUGUUGCCCCCUUCCCCCCUCCAUUGCAAUGUAAGAGUUCUCCUUCUGUACAUAUUCCUAUGAAAGAUGACUGUUAUGUUGAGAAAUUGCCUCUGAAGAAGCCAGGCUUGUAUCUCUUGGCGGCUUUAACCAGAGGCUGUAAACUGAUCCCUCUUCCGAGGAUGCUUGCCAGCUGUGAGCUCAGGAUGAGAGAACGCUUGCCUCACAUUGUGCCACUUUGCAGACUGCAAGGUGAUCCUCCAAUGCAAGGCUCUCCAUUUCCGGGCAGCCUCAGCACUACAAAGGGAUCACGAUUCCUGGCCCACCCCCAUCCGUGGGGAACUGCAUCCAAACUCAAAUUCUGGAGCUUGAGAUCAAAUGGAUGCCUGUUUCUGCUGCGAGUCAAAUGGCACUAUUGUAACAUGUGCAUGCCUGGAUGGAAACUGACUCAUGAUGACUUCUGGGGUGGCGCCAUCGGCAAUGGCGGACUCCCUCCGAACUGGAGGGACCAGCUCCGCAUGAAACGGGUCUUUUCCGCUGAGGCGAAGCAGGGACCCUUCUGGAAAUCACAGGCGGACGAAGCCUGUGACCGUGGGACUCGGCGGGCACCCUUAGCGCCCCCCCAACCCGCAAAGGAACCCACAAAUGGGCUCCGAAGCGAAGAGGGGGAAGUGGCGCGGUGCUGUGAGUCAAUCGCUUUUUCUGCGGAGCGAAGCCGCAUAGCUGUUGCCGGAGAGCGCUGCCUUUUUCCUGGGACAAUUUGGCAUCUAAAGUAACCAACCGUGAGUACUGGAACAUUGAAUAUCUGGACUUUAAAUAAGAACUGGCGAAAUAGAAAGGAAUUUGGACUUAAAAAUUCACCUUAAUUUGGUACUGAAACGGGAAGGUUUAAACAGGAAGUCAGCCUUCCGUUUCCCUGUAGCCAGAACAAAGCAAAGACAACGCAAACUAGAGAUUUAAAAAUCACUUUUAAAGGAUUGACUUUCAUCAUUUAAAAUCGCUGAACCCCCCUUCGGAAGCAUGAGAAGAAGGGGGAUCUUUUUUGAGCUGUUUAAACCUGCAGAAGUGAAUCUAAAGCAAAGUAAUUUUCCACCGUCCUGAUCCUGGAGCAGGGUGUCAGAAUUGACGUUUGAAGCUCACUGACCAGAAACAAAUGUCUUUGACAGAUAGUUAAAAGAAGAGAAACAUAGUGACUCCAUUGCUUCCUUUCGCAUCUUAAAAGAACAAAUAUGGACAAAAUAUCUUAAAAAAGAAACUUUGUUGCUAUUGUUUUCAAGAGAAAUAACAACCAGAAGUUUUUCCCCCUAGAGGGGAACUGUGAAAUUGUAACUAAUCCCUGGGAGCUUGCAGCUGUCACUGAUUACAACCGUGGGAAAGGAUUUGUGACCUUACAGGACAAUGUCUGCAGAAGCACUGUUGGGUGCUUUCUGCAAAAUAAAUGCCCUAUUGGAUCAGUUAAGCCAGAAGACGGAUUUGAUGACUAAUGCGACCAGAACCUUUGAACAGGUAGUGGGAAACUACCGUAUUUUUCGCACCAUUGGACGCACAUUUUCCCCUCCAAAAAUGAAGGGGAAAUGUGUGUGCGUCCUAUGGGGUGAAUGCAGGCUUUCGCUGAAGCCUGGAGAGAGAGAGGGGUCGGUGCGCACUGACCCCUCUCGCUCUCCAGGCUUCAGGAAGCUCUGCGCAACCCUCGGGAGACCGACUCCGAGGGUUGCGCAGAGCUGCCUGCAGUCCCGGGCUCAGCGCAGCUCUGCGCGGCCACUGGGAGUCCCGCCCCGCUCCGGAUGGCCGCGCAGAGCUGCCUGCAGUCCCAGGAUCAGCGCAGCUCUGCACGGCCAUCGGGAGCAGGGCGCGAAGUCCCGCUCCGCUCCGGAUGGCGGCGCAGAGCUGCCUGCCGUCCCCGGCUCAGCACAGUUCUGCGCGGCCACCGGGAGCCGGGUGCGAAGUCCCACCCAGCUCCGGAUGGCGGCGCAGAGCUGUCUGCCGUCCCCGGCUCAGCACAGCUCUGCGCGGCCACCGGGAGCCGGGCGCGAAGUCCCGCCCCGCUCCCGAUGGCCGCGCAGAGCUGCCUGCCGUCCCCGGCUCAGCGCAGCUCUGCGCGGCCACCGGGAGCCGGGCGCGAGUCCCGCCCCGCUCCGGGAUGGCCGCGCAGAGCUGCCUGCCGUCCCCGGCUCAGCGCAGCUCUGCGCGGCCCCCAGGUGCCGGGCGCAAAGUCCCGCCCCCCUCCUGAUGGCCCCGCCGAGCUGCCUGCCGUCCCCGGCUUAGCGCAGCUCUGCGCGGCCACCGGGAGCCGGGCACGAAGUCCCGCCCAGCCCCGGAUGGCGGCGCAGAGCUGCCUGCCAUCCCCGGCUCAGCGCAGCUCUGCGCAGCUACCGGGAGCCGGGCGCGAAGUCCCGCCCCGCUCCGGGAUGGCCGCGCAGAGCUGCCUGCCGUCCCCGGCUCAGCGCAGCUCUGCGCGGCCACCGGGAGCCGGGCGCGAAGUCCCGCCCCGCUCCAGAUGGCCGCGCAGAGCUGCCUGCAGAGCGCACCUUCCCGCUGUUCCCCAACCUAGUUCUUCCAGCCCCGCACCUGGGGGGGAAAUAAAAAUAUUUUUCUUUAUUUCCCCCCCAAAAAACUAGGUGCGCCCUAUGGGCCGGAGCGUCCUAUGGAGCGCAAAAUACGGUAUAUGGAGCCCACCCAGGAACUAAAACAGGAGCGUGCCAUGACAGAACAGCUGAGAGAAGAGGAUUCUGCUGAAUCUUGGGCGCCAGAGACGGAAGGAGCUGCGGCCCAGCAGGAAUAUAAAUUUUUGGAUUUGACAAAUGAACUUGGAAAAGACCAAACUUGGAAAGAUAAAAUCUGGUUUGGUUUGGAAAUGGGGGGUUGGAUAGACCCCCCUAUACAGGGAGAUUUGGACUUUCCGAGUCUGGAAAGGGGCCGUCAGAUGUCUGGAGCGGUGGGGGCUCUCAACUUUGAAGGGAAUCUGGAACAUGUUUUUAAAUACUACAUCGAGUCUAGUCUGGACUAUGGGAAAGGGACUGUUUUGUUGAAAAGGGUCAAAAACAUUACCAAGCUGGAGUUCCCACGAAUAAAAGGAAAAUAUGAAGAAGAGCUGCGGAAGGGACUUGAGGGCCUUGGAUAUAAGAUUGCCAGGUUAAUGUGCUAGAUUAAUAGGAUAAAAAGGACUGACAAAACCCGGGACCAGGAGGAAGGGACGCUGGAUGAAGAUUGGAUUGCUUAAUUUUCUAUUUUUAUCAUUAGGACUGUUUUACAAAAUUGAUGAAUGUUAGGAAAAUGUUGAAAUGAAAUUAUUUGGCUCUUAUAAAAAUGUCUAAAGAAUUAGGUAAGAAUGUUAUGGUUAGGAGAAGUUGGUAAAAAUUAAGAUUUAAGUUCUAAACUUUAAGGUUUUAUAUAUAUAUAUAUAUAUAUAUAUAUAUAUAUAUAUAAGAUAAGAUGAAAAUAGAUUAAGGUAAUGUGAGGACAGAAUAUUAUGAAUUAUGGAAAGGAUUUGCUGUGAUUAUUAUAAAUCAGGAUACAGGAAAAGGGAGGAGGAGGAGGUCAAGGAAAGAAGGUAUUGAAAGUGGAGAAUUGGAGAAUGAUGGUUUUACUUUUUUCUUUUUCUUUUAUUGUCUUGUUUUUUUCUUUUGUGUAAUUUAAAAAAAAAUCUCAAUAAAUAUCAUUUUUUUAAAAAAGGAAACUGACUCAUGAUAUCCUUGAAGGCAGGAGCAAGUAAGGAGAAGGGCCCACAGGGUGGUAUGUGCCAGUGGGUCCAAAUUGCACACCUGUUGCAUCUAUUGAUCCUGUGGUUGGCAAGGGGAAAGCCAGGACAUGUGCAAGGUGGCUGGCUUGGGGGCAAAACAGGUUCAUGCAGUUUCAAGAAAAGCUACAGGUGAACAGACAGCCAGGUCAGCAGGGCAUCAUUCAGGGUUGGUGUUAGUUCACGGAUGCUGGGGGUGAGUGGCUCCAGAGUGCAAGAAGGCCUGGGGCAGCAGCAGCAGCUCCCAACUCUCCUGUGGCAUCUAAUUCUCUCUGAGUUGUCCUCAUUCACCAUCCUUAUAUUCCUAACUUGCUCUCCAAGACAAGACAGUACAUAAGAAGAGCCUGCUAGAUCAGGCCAAUAGCCCAUCUACUCUAGCAUCCUCUUCUCACAGUGACCAACCAGACCAGAUGUUUGUUGGAAAACAGCAAGCACAAAAGCCCUCUCCCCUUGCCUGGCUUCCUGGAGCUGGUAUUCAGAAGCAUCACUACCAACAACCAUGAAAGUGGAACAGAGCCAUUGUGGCUAGUAGCCCUUGAUAGCCUUAUCCUCAAUUAGUUUGCCCAGUGCAUGCAUAUGCAGUGGUACCUCGGGUUACAGACGCUUCAGGUUACAGACUCCGCUAACCCAGAAAUAGUACCUCGGGUUAAGAACUUGGCUUCAGGAUGAGAACAGAAAUCGCUUGGCUGCGGUGCAGUGGCAGCAGGAGGCCCCAUUAGCUAAAGUGGUACCUCAGGUUAAGGACAGUUGCAGGUUAAGAACGGACCUCCAAAACGAAUUAAGUUAUUAACCCAAGGUACCACUGUAUGGCAUUUGUAUAUUGCUUAAUCAUUAGCAUUUCUAAAUGGUGUGCAUAAAAAUAAACCACGUGGAAAAUAAAAUAAUAAAAAGUAAUCAUAAUACCAAGCAGAAACCCGAACACCAGCUGAAAAUGCCUGCUGGAAUAAGAAAGUAUUUUAUCAUGCACCUAAAGUUCAACUUGACUGUCUAAUCACAGUCAAGAGGGCAGUCCACAGGCUUGGGCUCCCAACACGGAAUGCAUGACUUCUGGUAGUAAUGAACUUUACGUGUGAGUCACGGGGCCACUGGCAGAGAACCUCCCACCCACGAUCUCAGUGACUGGGCAGGGAUAUAAAGCAUUGUGAUAUUUCAUCACCAUUGAUCAUUUAUUUCCAUUCAUUGUGUAUCCUGCUUUUCUGCUUAGGAGAAAAUGUAUAGCACAUCAAUAAGUGCAACAGAAAUGAAUGAGAGUAAAUCAAAGCCCCCACCCCACUCCUAAAAAACAGAAGGCAUCUUAGCGUAUUAAAAGGCCUAGUCCACUGAAAAGAUUCAGAUGCCUGUUGGAAUAAAAAGGUUUUUCUCAGCCCAUCAAAUGGACCUUCCCUGUAAUAGCUCCCCUCCCAACCACCCUGUCUCUGGAAUGAGUGCCCUAGGGAGGCAUGCCUGGCGCCAACUUUGCUAUCAUUUCAGCGUCAGGUAAAACCCUUUUUAUUCUCUUGGGCAUGUGGGGAGCUUUAAUGAUAUUGUUGCUACAGCUCCUCAAUCCAACCUUCACAGUGUGUGUUUUUUCCAUUGCUAUUGUACUGAUACCAUGUAUUGUCUGAAUACGUUUUGAAUGAAGUUUUAUCUAUCUAUCAUCUAUCUAUCUAUCUAUCAUCUAUCUAUCUAUCUAUCUAUCUAUCUAUCUAUCUAUCUCUAUAUCAUCUAUAUCUAUAUCUAUCUAUCUAUCUAUCUAUCUAUGUAUAUAUAAAUAUAAAAAAUCAAAUUGAAAGGGUAGCAAAGAUGGAGCUGGAUAGACCUCCUUCCUUUGAAAGGAUAUUCCAUACUGAUGGUACCACAACCAAGAAGGCUUUGUCAAUUCUGCGCAUCAGGUGCACCAGUAGUGGUAGGGAAGAGGCAGGGAAACACAUGCCGGAUCCUAGAUCCCACAACAGGCCAUUUUGAUUGGUGGGUUUACCCACAGGAAUCAUUUUGUUACACCAAGUGACUUUGUGUCCUUUUUUGAUGUAGGACAAGGAAAAUUCAAUCUCCUAGCCUGUCUCCCAAUUUGUGCUGGCUGAUCAUUAAGAGCCAAUUCUGUAGCUCAACUUUGAACAUCUUCUAUCUUUGUUAUGGCUUAUAGCUUGGCAAAUAAAAUUGCUGCUGCUACCUUGCCUAUUUUAUAAAUGCCCGCUAACACAGGAACAACAACUAUAUUUUUAUCCCACCUUUUUCUCCAAGGAGCUCAAGGUGGCGUAUAUCGUUCUCUCUCUCCUCCUUUAAUCCCUGCGAUAACCCUGUGAGGUAGGUUAGACUGAGAGGCAGCGACUGGCCCAAGGUCACCCAGUGAGCUUCGUAGUCAAGUGGGGAUUUGGACUGUAGUCUCCCAGGUCCUAGUCCAACACUCUAACCACUACACCACACUGCCUCUCAAAAGACAUGGCUGCCACUGUGUGGAGUGCUCCCCCCCCCCAAUGGCUGAGAAUUCUGAAGUUUCCUUGCAGAAAAGCAGAGAAAGAUCAGAGAAAUCAAGCACACAGAGAAACACAAGCCCUUGACCAUGUUGCUCCAGCCGCUUCUUCAAUUUGCUCCCCCACUCUUAUGCUUUUUUGCUCUUUUAGCAGCUAAUUUCUCUAGGGUUUGGGAGGGGAGGAGCAGGGGACAAUCAGCUGCUCCAAGAGAGUGAAGAUAAGCAGAGAUGAAUGGCAGAAAGGUGGUCAGGGUCUCCUGGUUCCUUGUGGGCUCGGCCCUUUGAUCCCCUCCAGCUGCCUUUGUCUGCCUUCUGGGUUUCUUCAAUCCGUUCUCAACUGUCAGGUCCUGGCACAGAUGUGGCUCCUUUGGACGUGAUGAAUGUUAACACAUAGCCAGGCUCUUAGAAGGGAAGCAUCCCCAUGGGGAAUGUUUUCCUGAGCUCCUAAUUGAUUCCUCCAUAGGCAGCGCCUGUCCAUCAGCAUCACCUUUAAUCUCCAUCUUCCUGCUCCAUUGCAUGAGAAACCUCCCAUGUCCAUUCUGAGCUCGGUUGCAUGGGGGUUCUACCCUGGGUCUACACAGUCACUGCAGGAGGGAAGAUUCUCUGCUGUCUGUUCUGUUACUGCAGAAGGAACAUACUAAACAGGUUUCUCUGCACUUAUCCGAGGAGACUUUUACGUUCUGGCUUCUAGGAAAUGUAGUAAUUGGAUGUUUCCCUCAUCUUCCGGAAAUGUUAUUUACUGCCAAACAUCACUGUAGCUGUGCUUCCCAGCUGAGUCUAAUGAUCUCCAGCAGUUUGUGUCCAGGUUUGUCUUGCCGAAACUUCACAUGCACCAUGAAGGGUUCUUAGUCUCUUCCUCUCUGGCCAAUUAACUGUGGGAGACAUACCAAUCUAUUUGUGCUGCUUCAAGGUGGGGGGGGGGAAAGGUGGGUCAUUCUAAGUUUCUGGAUAUUUGCUCACGAGAACUUUUUAAAUAAGUAGUGUAGUUUGAAGCUGGCAGUGCAAUAUCUCACAUGCUGAUUCUGCACCAUGCAUGAGCCAUUGCAGAUUGGCUGCAACUGGGUGCAAGAAGAGUUGGCCAUUCUGGAUUUAAGCAAAGACAAUCCGCAGUGAUGACCAGUGUGCGUUGGGACUGGUAGGGCAGAAGGCAGGGAGCCCAACAGUAGGUGGCGCCAGAGCCAAUGACAGGCAGAGCCAACUAAUCCUAGUUUUGUCCCCAUUCUCCUCUUCCUUGGUGAAUUCUACAAGGGCAGCACAGAAACUAAGGAGGACGUUGACAGCUAGGGUCACAUGUUCAAUGAGUUGUAAGUAGGAAGGCAGGCAGGUGGGGGCAGGCUGAGGUUGCUGAGGCAAUGCUCCAUUUGCCCUAAUGGAUCAGUCACCAUUGCCUAGUCCUUCAGGCCUAAUCUGCGCUACAUAUAUAUAUUGGGGUUUCCGCCAGUGUAGCUGUUGUGGCUUCCUCUUGAGAGUCAUGGGAAGUGUAAUUUCGCAAGGGUGCUGAGAAUUCUCAGAGACUCUCGCCCACCCCUUCACAGAACUACAUUUCCCAGGGUUACCUGUGGAAGGCAGCUGACUGUUAAACCUGUGCAGAUAUGCCACAAGCAUCCUCUUGGAGGACCAAAUGCCUGACUCCUGGCCUAGCCAUCCUCUGCUGAGCAUGUCCCACUUCCUUCCCUGCCAGACAUCCGCAGCCACCACAAAUUGCAGGCUCUCCACGCCAUGUCAUCUGCCUUUUGUGCUGACUGUGCCAUAAUUAUCUGUUUUGAUUUGUGUCGCAUCCCUCUAAUUUAGACGUCCUUGCAUGUUGUGCCGCUCAUUUCUUCUAAUUGCUGCUAGGCGCUCAGCUGACUUCUCCCUCUCCCUUUCUCUUUUUUGCAUUUACAUCCUCCCCCUUCCCUUUCUCCUCCUACUUCAUCUGAUUCCAAGUAAAUUUAGCGUACCUGAAAAGGAGGCAGAUGGAUCAAACCAACCCCUUGAAUCCUGUGACUUUGCAGGAGGGAAAACUACACUGUUGGCAGUUCUACACUGUCCUGUGGUUGCAUUUUGAUCUUCACCUAUUAGGGUGAAAAAUCAAAAUCAAAGGUGGAUCAGGUGCCCAGAACAGAAGUGAAGGCAGUCUUGGACUUAGAGGUAGAUGAAUGGGUGAAUCUGUUUUCUAUCCAUAUAACUAUUACAUGUGUUCAGCUAGAAGUCUGCUCCAUCCUGUAGCUCCAUGGAGGAGUGCAUGUCUUGCGUCCAGGAGACUCCAGGUUCAGUUUCUAGAAAGCUGGGAAAGAUUCCCUAUCUGAGAUCUCAGAGAGUUGCCAUCAGUCAGCAUGGACAAUACUGAGCUAGAUGGACAAAUGGUCUGAUUCAGUAUAAGCUUCCAGGAAUGGCCUGGCUCAGUACUCUCUACACUGACUGGAGCAGCUGUCCAGGGUUUAAGGCAGGCGUAUCACUCAGCCCUGUCUGGAGAUGCCAGAGACUAAACCUGGAUCCUUCUUCAUGUCAAGCAAAUGUUCCACCACUAAGCUAUGGUCCUUCCCUCAAUAUGAAGCCCUCCAGCUUGAUGAAUUGUCAUUGACUGGCUGGAUGCAGAGGAGUGCAAGAGGCUGAAAACCACAUUAAAGCACAUGUUGAUAUUAUAUAUGUUGGGAUAGGCUUGCCUAAACAAAAGUGUUUUGAGCAGGUGCUGAAACAAGUACAACAAAGGCACCUGCCUGAUGUCAAUAGGCAAGGAGUUCCAAAGCUUCAUUUCUUACAAAUACAGUAUUAUGUGGCAUCUGUAACAGCGCCAGUUCUGCAGAUGGAAGCAGUUGAGUGGGCACAUGUGGGGUAAGCCAGGGGUCAGCAAACUUUUUCAGCAGGGGGCCGGUCCACUGUCCCUCAGACCUUGUGGGGGGGGGGGCUGGACUAUAUUUUGAAAAAAAGAAUGAAUGAAUUCCUAUGCCCCACAAAUAACCCAGAUGCAUUUUAAAUAAAAGCACACAUUCUACUCAUGUAAAAACAUGCUGAUUCCCAGACCGUCUGUGGGCCGGAUUUAGAAGGCCGGUGGGCCACAUCGGGCACCCGGGCCUUAGGUUGCCUACGCAUGGGGUAAGGCAAUCUUGCAAGGCCCACAUCCUGACUUUCUCCAGUUGUAGCUAAGCCAUGCCCACCCCUUUAGCAUUUCAUAAGCAACAGCUUAGAAGAUGCAACAAAGGGAGCUGCCUUAUACUGAGCUUGACCAUUGCUCCAUCCACAUCAGCAUUCUCUACACUGACUGGCAGUGACUCUCCAUGGUUUCAGGCAGGGGCUUCUCCCAGCCCUGUCUGGAGAUGCCAGGAAUUGUGUUCUGCAUUACAGAGAACAUACCUCUAGUUCAAAAGCUGCCCAGUUCAAGUCUGAUUUAAAAAUAAAGAACUGUAAGAAGGGAGAGCUGUGUGGAGGGUUACAGUUGCUGGUCAACUGUUUCAGCACCAUGGAUAGCAGGCAGAGCAUGCACACAAGGCAACGAACCACAAUCUUCCUCACCAUGGGAAAAUGCACUGUGUAGUUCUGUUUCAAGUAUAGCAGUUGUUUCUAAAUUUGCAUCCAUGCAUAUAAAGGAGCAGGCACAGAUUUCCUGCAAAUCUGAGCCUCCUUUUCUUUGCUUCGUGAUGCGUUGCCUCUUCUGUGGUGUUAUGCAAAGGGUCGCCCCAUCCACCCUUUGCUUGUUCACAGCAAUUGCAGGAGAACUGUGCCUCUAUCCAAGACUGUGGGUAAUAGUGCUGUCUCCCAAUCUUUGGCUCCCAUGCUGGGCUCGCACGAUGUGCUUGCUGCCAGUGCUGCAGCAGAGAGGUGUGGGAGGAUGUGAGCCCAUAAUUGGCACCUUUCCUUUGAAGUGAGAGCCUAAAGCUUUUUCCACUUGGGAGUGUGAGGAUCUGUGCUAAUAAGCCUGAUGGCAUUGUAGGCACCAGUUGGAAUCUGCAGAGCCCACGGCCUCCGAGAUCAAAAUGGGCCUAGACAGCCUCAGUGGUCCCCCCUCCCCUUUGCAGUGUGAUGAGUCCUAGAGUUGCUUCAGGCCUCACGCCCACACUAAAGAUGGAGGCGGCUGGAGAUGAGAACCUAUUUGCACACUAGGCAGGCUGCAGGGGGGUGGAAUUAUGGACUGCACUACUUUAGGAUGCAACUGAGGGUGUGAGUCUCAUAUUUGUGAAUACUUUCUCUAUGGAAGAGGGUUUUUUGGGGGGGGAAUGCAUGUCGUAAACUAGGACACAGGGGAGACAGUGGCGGAGCUUCAUGCUCCAGCACCGGGGGUGGGGGGCGGAGAGCAGGCGGGGGCGGGGCUGGCACACGUCCCGGGAGCAUGGCGCGCCGCCUGCAGGGGUGUGGCAUGUUUCCUGGGGACAUGGCACGCCACCUGCAGGGGCAGGGCGCCCAGCACAGGCGGGGGGCAGCCACGAUGGCACCCUGGGGAUCGCGCUGCUGAGGGUGGUGUGCUCCCCCAACACACCAGAGCCUAGGGCUUGCUGAUCAGAAGGUCAGCAGUUUGAAUCCCCGUGACGGGUUGAGCUCACGUUGCUCGCCAACCUAACAGUUUGAAAACACAUCAAAGUACAAGUAGAUAAAUAGGUACCACUCUGGUGGGAAGGUAAACGGUGUUUCCGUGCGCUGCUCUGGUUCGCCAGAAGCAGCUUAGUCAUGCUGGCCACAUGACCCAGAAGCUGUACGCCGGCUCCCUCAGCCAAUAAAGCGAGAUGAGCGCCGCAACCCCAGAGUCAUCCGUGACUGGACCUUAUGGUCAGGGGUCCCUUUACCUUUUACACACACACACAUACACACAUACACUAUAUGUGCAUACAUGCACACACACCAAGGAACAUAAUCCAAAAAUUAUCAUGCCUCAUAUCAUCCCAGCAAUGGUUGAAGUGCUGCUUCCUUCUCAUAAAAUCAGGCUGGCGUAACUCUGUGACUGCUGUGGGACAGAAGGUCAUUUGAAAACCCAGCAGCACAAUUGCAUCUGGUUGCAAAUCCAAAUAUGUUCAUUUGAAAAACUCCCUUAGUCUAGUAAGCUAGCAUCUAAAGGAACAGGCUGUUUGACGCCUUUCUCCAUAAUGUGUUCUUUACUACAUAGGGGUAGCAUAUUUUUAAAGUUUGGCAUUUGCCUGUCACUACCAUGGAUGGAUCUCUCCAUUUUUGUUUCUCUCUGUUUCUCAUUUUUCCAGUCUUAAAUUCAGCUCUCCGCGUUUCCACAUCUUGUGAUUUUUUCUUAAUUGCCCUCAUAAAAAUUCAUCAGCAUUUUAGUGUGAAUUUAUUCAAAUAGACACAUUUUCCUAGGCAAUUUUGCCUAAUAUGCAUUUUUGUAUGUUAUUUCAUUAUUAUAUGCAUUUUUAUGCACACUUUACUUGACUGGAGUAAUGACAGUGCAAAAUUCACAGAAGUGCAAAUUUCAAAGGAUAAGUGUGUUUCAGGUUAUGUAGUUAUCUCAAAAAAUGUGAUUUAGGUAGGCUUACCUGUAAAUGCAGACUGAUUUAAAUUUCUCCUCCAUCUCAAAUCACCACCCAGAGCUAGAUAAGCUAAUGAUGGGGAAUCUCAAGCCCAGUGACUAAACGUGACUCUCCAGGCCUCUCUCUCCGGCUUUUGAGACUCUCCCUAGGCCACACCCCUUCUUUGUAGGCCACACCCCUCCUUUGUAGGCCACACCCCUCACUGGCUCUGUUUCAUUCCUUCCUUGAGUGUUUUUGAUAGGCUGGAAUGUGUCCUUGAACUCUGAUGAUGCCUCUUAAUUGCCUGAAUGGAGGACAGCUUAUUCACCUGGGGGAGCAGCAGGUGAAUCGGGAGACCCUGGGUAGUUUGGCAUCCCUUGUAAACACCCUGCAAGCAAAUCGGGGUGGAGACUCAUUGCCAUAUAACACAUACCCUCCAGCAUUUCUCUGAUGAAAAUAGGAACAUCCCAUAAUAAUAAUUUUACUAUUUAUACCCCACACAUCUUACUGGGUUGCCCCAGCCACUCUGGGCAACUUCCAACAUACAUAAAAAACAUAACAAAGCAUUAAACAUAUAUAGGAUUAAACAUAUAUAGGAUUGCCUUCAGACGGCUUGGGGGUGGGGUCCGAUAACUGCAUAUCCUCCAACAUUUCUCCAGUGAAAAUAAGGGCAUCCUAAGGAAAAGUGGGACAUUCUGGGAUCAAAUCAGAAAUUGGGAUGGCUUUUCUAAAUCAGGGACGUCCCUGGAAAAUCUUGACACUUGGAGGGUCUGAUAUAACAGCCCUGCAUAGAGCGGAUGCUCAGUAAAGGCGAGUCACUGUCUAACCACCUUGUGAGCUUUGUGCAGGCAAAUCAGGGUGGAUGCUGAACAAACAGGUUGUUUGCAGACAACCUUCUGUGUGGCUGUUAAAAAGGCACAGGAGCCAGCUAAUGGAAAGUGGCAACCUUCACCGGUCUCUACCUCCACAUCAAGCAGGAAAACAACAAUAAAAACACAGAUUUUGCUUGGCCUUCUCUCUGAUUCCUUCCCUCUUCUGUCAGAAAUGGGUGUGGGAUGGGAAGAAGAGGCUACUGGGAAGCCGGAAGAACCCAGAGGGUUUGUGGGCAGUCCCCUCAUUGGGAAGCUUCCCAUUGAGCUUGCCACCCAGCCAGACAUAAUCUGACUCAUUCAUAUUUAUUUACCAACCAUCCUUCCCUUCCGCCACCUGGCUUGGGAGUUAUCGCCAUGUUCCAUCUGCUUGAGGUCGGGAUAAUUCCAACGGCGGUCUUCCCUUCCCUUGCACCCCCUGCCAUGUGCCUAAAAUAAAUAAUCCCCUUAGGGGAGCAUACACACAUGUGCACACAUGGAGUUUGCCAGUUUCACAUUGUCAGAAACAGAUGCACAAAAUGCACACAAGAGAAAAAAGAGGACACAAUUUUUGCAGGAACUGUGCCCAUGCUGUUGCCUGCACCUAGGUGCACGUUUAGAAAGAGUGACUCUGAUUUAAAUGGAAAUAGAGGACAGUGACUCUUCAGGAUCUCGAUCCAAAGGUCUUUCCCCCAUCACUUGCUACCUGAGAGGCUUUUGAACUGGUUAUGAUGGGAAUAGAGUCUGGGCUCUCUUGCACAGCAAGCACUCACUCAACAUGCUAUGAUCCAGUUUUCAACCUAAGUGAGCCUGGGAUGGAUGCAAGCUUCUACCAAGUCAUUUAACAGGGAGCUGCCUUAGACUGAGUCAAACAACUGGUCUAUCUAACUCAGUAUUGUCUUCACUGACUGGCAGCAGCUCUUCAGGGUUUCAGAUAAUGAGUCUAUCCCAAUCCUACCUGGAGAUGGCAGGGAGUGGACAUGGGACCUUCUGCAUUUAGAGCAGGUGCUCUACCACUGAGUAAUGACCCUAAUGAAGAAGUCCCCGACUUUUUAAGGCAGUCUAUCAAACAGCUUUCACAGCCAGGAAGCUCACCUUAUCCUUUUUAUUGUGAUUUGAACUGCUAAGUUUGAGGCUUCACCUCCAGGGCAGCAAUAGCCUCUCUAGAUGUUGAGGAACUGCCUUAAGACCCAUAGCCAAUGGUGAGGGAUGAUGAAAGCUGUAGUCCGGCAACAUCUAGCAAUCCCUGAUCUACAACAAUAGGAAAGACAUUUGCGCCAUCAUAUAUUUGACCAUGGCAAGGUGGCUAUCAUAGAAUUGUAGAGUUGGAGGGGACCCAAGUCCAACCCCCUGCAAUGGAGGAAUCUCAACUAAAGCAUCCAAAACAGCAUCAUAGGUAAAGGUAAAGGGACCCCUGACCAUUAGGUCCAGUCGUGGCCGACUCUGGGGUUGCGGCACUCAUCUCGCUUUAUUGGCCGAGGGAACCAGCGUACAGCUUCUGGGUCAUGUGGCCAGCAUGACUAAGCCGCUUCUGGCAAACCAGAGCAGAACAUGGAAACACUGUUUAUCUUCCUGCCGGAGCAGUACCUAUUUAUCUACUUGCACUUUGACAUGCUUUUGAACUGCUAGGUUGGCAGGAGCAGGGACCAAGCAACGGGAGCUCACCCCGUUGCAGGGAUUUGAACCGCUGACCUUCCGAUCGGCAAGUCCUAGGCUCUGUGGUUUAACCCACAGUGCCACCCGUGUCGUACAGCCUCUUAAUUGUCUCUUCUCUAGUCAAGAUACAUCAACUCCUUUAACCUUUCCUCCUAGGCCAUUGUCAGCUUUGUCAAUCUCCUUUGGGGGGUGGGUCUCCUUUGGAGCGGAGGGUAGUGGGAGGCAAAGAUUCAGUGUUGUGAUAAUUGUACUGGAAGCUGCCUGGUGAAGUAUCUAAAACUAGAAGAGUGAUGGAAACAUAUGUUCAGUGGUUGGGAUCUCUGUAACUUAGCAGUGGGGAAUCCAAGGCAUGAAGAUCAAAUGUGGCCCUCCAGGCCUCUCUUUUUGGCCCUCAUGGCUCUUCCCAGACUACCCCCUCAAGUGUUUGUGUCUGGGUGGAAUAUGUCACUGAACUCCGAUAACGCCUCUUGCUUAUCUCUGUGUGUGUGUCGUUUGUAGAAACUAGCCUACUGCACAAAGAUACAUUUUACCUUCAUUGCUGCUCCCACUUUUGCCCAUGCCAAAAUGCCAGCAUGUGGCCCCUGGAAAGUUGCUCCGAAGGAAAUGCGGCCCUCUGGCUGAAAAAGGUUCCCUCUCCCUGCCAGAACUCCUGGCUAAAAUAGUAAACAUUGCAAAAUCAAUCCUGUCUCCUAAGAGAGGGCACGCCUUACUACUCUGUGCCAUUUAAACAGGGUGCAGAAUCUAGUUCUCUUGGCCACUGCGUUCUUGUGGGGCAGAAUGUGGGGUGGUGCAAAUGGAGAGGCUACCAACGGCUCUUCAGAAGAAGGAGGAGGGAACCACCCAGCAUCUGUAUUCCAUUCCUCUCCCAGCCAGCUGCCUUAACUGAAGGAAGGCCUGUUGUCUGUCAGUGGAGAGGAAAGCAUGACUGUUGAGCAUCUCUCUCUCUUUCUCUCUGUGUGUGUCUUUGUGGGGUUUCUCCAAGCCAGCUGGCUCAGCAUAGAAAGAAACAGGCAGUCAUCUGCAUUGGCACGUGAUUGCAAGCAGCGUCCAGGCCGGCAGACAGCAGAUCCUAGCCUUGCUUCAAACAUGUCUGUGCUGGCGAGUCUCCUGGGAUGCAGACUCUUUGCUUCCUCCCUCCCUCUCCCUUUCAAGGUUUUUUUUUGGGGGGGUGCACCUCCCAAGGCAAAUGGGAUGUGACAGGCUGUGGGGCUGCUGCCGUUUUGGGGCCUUCCCAGUCCAAGGCCUGGCCAGUGGAAGGCACCCUUAAUAAUUCAUGGGCUUAUUUAUAGACUGAAAAAGCACUUUAGAAAUACAUCCCGCGAGGGCAAGGGGAAGGCAGUGCCGUUGCCAACUUUUCAACCAGCUGCCGCAGCUGUGCCUUAGUGGCAGGUUGGUGCACAGGUGUUAGGGCAUGGGUGGUGUAUCUUGGGCCCAAGGGUCAAAUGCGGCCCUCCAGGCCUCUCUGUCUGGCCCUUGGGACUCUCCCAGACCACACCCACUCAGCAGACCAAUUCCAUUCCCUCCUUGGGUGCUUUUGCUUGGCUGGAAAGGGCCUUUGAGCUCUGAUCAUGCCUUUUGCUUGCCUGAAUUUAUCGAUAGAGAUGGCGGGUGUGAAUGUGCAUAGAAACUAGAUUACGGUACAAAAGUUAAAUUCACAUUCAUUACUAUGCCCCUUUGGCCCCUGGCCCUGCCCACCACUGCCGUGUGGCCCCUGGAAAGUUUCCCAGAAGGGAAUGUGGUCCUCGGGCUGCAAAAUGUUCCCUGCACCUGUGUUAGGAGGUAAUAACAAGUUGCUUUUGUCAUCAAAAGAUUCCCUUGCCAAUUUCUGCUGUUCGAUGCACAAGAGCAGGCCAAAGUGAUUUUUUCAGGUCAGCUGGCAACACAAGAAGGAAAGAAGUGUCCCUGCCUCCUCUGUCUAAAAUUUCAAUUCUCUCCCUAGCUCCCAUCCUUUCUGUUAAGUUGUGGGUGAACAUAUCAGACGACACAACGAUUCUUCAAACAGCUCUUCUUUAUUCAGAUGCCAGAACAGAACUGAACUGAAGGGCUCAGUCAGCCUGCUUAUAUAGAGCUCCAGAACAACGUAACUGUUGCAACUUUCUAAAACUAUCCAAUCACUGAACGUCACUUUUGAUCCUUCAUUUGCAUACAAACUAUCCAAUCACUGAACAUCACUUUCGAUCCUUCAUUUGCAUAACUAUCUACAGUAUCCCCCUGCUGGCCCAGGGUGAGAACUUCAGUACAUAACACUUUCCAUGAAGAAAAACAGCAGCAAUUGCUUUAUGUGCUGUGGGCAGUUGUCAAGGCUGCAGAGGUGGCUGAUGCCCAUUGGGGCUGGUGGGGCAGAAGGCAGGGAGUCCAACUGCAGAUGGAGUCAGAGCCAAUGGCAGGCAGAGCCAACUGGUUCUAGUGUUGACUCCAUCUUCCUCUCUGCUGAGUUCUGCAAGAGUAAAACUGAAACGAAGGAGGAAGGAGCUGAUGGCUCGUGCCACACCCUGGGGCCAGUUGUAAGAGGGGACCUGGCUGAGAGCAGACUGAGGUUGGUGCCUCAUUUGCUCCAAAGAACCAGCCUCCACUGUGUUGCUCUUUUCCAGCAAAGGAGUGUUAACGUGUGGGAUGGUGGCAGCCAGAUUUCUCCCUCUAGUGGCCAACUUGGAUAGGGCCUGAGGAUCACUAUGGAUGGCAAUUGGCCUUAUAGAUGCAGCGAAGGGAGGUGUCUGCCUGCUCGGAGGGACCCCCAAGAUUUACAAAAGCACAUGGGUUUUUUAAAAAAAGAACAAAAUUCCCUAACACACACACACACCUUCUGCAUAUGGGUGCACUAAUGGAGAACAGGGGAGGUGCAAAUGUUUAAUAAGAGGAGGAGGAGGAAGCAAGAGGGCAGAGGGAAAUAAGAAAAUCCAAGCAACAGUUUGUCUUGGUCCCACACACAUUCUAACUCCUGACAACAGCCGGCUGUUUGUCAAUCAGUUUCGUGUACUGGAAAUAACCAUUUGGAGUCUACAAAUUCUGAUUUCUUACUUGCUGCACGUUUGAGCUAUUGCUUGUGCUUUGUUUUUUUCAUCCCCCCCCCUCCCCAUUCUUAUUAAACAUGAAAUUCUGUUGAAUGCAAUACUGAGGCGCAUAAGAUACUGAUAAUGGCUUACAUUAGCUAAGGCUUUAUUGAUUGUGUAUACCUCAAGAUGCAAGUGUGCACUUUAGUUCAGAGCUGGCCAGUGUCUGGACUCUCUGGGGCCACACUAUUCUCUGGACUGAGGGACAGGGCUGGAAAUAUAUUUUACCACAUCAUUUUGUUCAGCUCUUUAAGUGAUCAAGCUCUGUAACCAAGAUGGCACCAUCUAGCAGCCAGAACAUCACAACUAUGGUCUGCAAAUGCUCUGGUCCAGCAAUGCACUGUGUUGCACACUGUACUGAAAUCAGGCCCUGUGAAUUAUCUGUGCUGUGACCUGCUAAGCACAAGCCAAUCUCCAGACCUGUCUUCCUAUCCAUCCAUCUCUUGGCUCAGGGAAAUCCCUGCUACAGGCCUGCAUUAGGAGUCCUGCCAGGCAGCUGGGUAAAACGGCCCCCUGUAAACAAACCAGAAAAGCUACCCAAGCGUGUGUGAAUUCUGAAUUUAGGUUCAAUGGAUAACACAUAUGCAAAAUGAAGUGUGACCUUAAAAGUGUGGGAUUUAAAAAUAUGUAAAAUGUUUGUAUCCUCCUGUUCUAGUAAUAUUGGGUCCAGCAUUUAAAUAAAGGCAAUAGAUAAAUCAUGAGGGUUUUAAAAAAAAUAAAAAAUGGUGACGAUGCUUAUGGCCAGAGGUAACUGGAAAGAAAAAGGAUGAAGACUCUUUGGAAACAAGGCACUUUCAAUCCUAGAAAAGAAUCUAGGAGUCUUGGUUGACCACAAACUUGACAUGAGCCAACAGUGUGACGCGGCAGCUAAAAAAGCCAAUGCAAUUCUGGGCUGCAUCAAUAGGAGUAUAGCAUCUAGAUCAAGGGAAGUAAUAGUGCCACUGUAUUCUGCUCUGGUCAGACCUCACCUGGAGUACUGUGUCCAGUUCUGGGCACCGCAGUUCAAGAAGGACACUGACAAACUGGAACAGGUCCAGAGGAGGGCAACCAAAAUGGUCAAAGGCCUGGAAACGAUGCCUUAUGAGGAACGGCUAAGGGAGCUGGGCAUGUUUAGCCUGGAGAAGAGGAGGUUAAGGGGUGAUAUGAUAGCCAUGUUCAAAUAUAUAAAAGGAUGUCACAUAGAGGAGGGAGAAAGGUUGUUUUCUGCUGCUCCAGAGAAGCGGACACGGAGCAAUGGAUCCAAACUACAAGAAAGAAGAUUCCACCUAAACAUUAGGAAGAACUUCCUGACAGUAAGAGCUGUUCGACAGUGGAAUUUGCUGCCAAGGAGUGUGGUGGAGUCUCCUUCUUUGGAGGUCUUUAAGCAGAGGCUUGACAACCAUAUGUCAGGAGUGCUCUGAUGGUGUUUCCUGCUUGGCAGGGGGUUGGACUUGAUGGCCCUUGUGGUCUCUUCCAACUCUAUGAUUCUAUGAUUCUAUGAUUCUAUGAUUCUAUGAUUCUAUGAUUCAGUGGCAGCUGAUGCCCCUUGUAACUGGUAGGGUGGAAGGCAGGGAGCCCAACAGUAGGGGGAGCCAGAGCCCAUGUCAGGCAGAGCCAACUCAGUCUAGCUUUGACUCCAUCCUCCACCCAGAUUCAGUCUGUGGCAUUUCUGGGUAGGGAAACCUGGAGAGUUGCUGCCAGUCAAGACAAUACUGAGCUUAGAUAGACCAGUGGUCUGAUCUGUGUAAGGCAACUUCCUAUGCUUCCUAAUCUGUUCUCUCCUAGAAGACCAAUAUUAAACAUGUGGGCUUCCCUUGCACCACCACCGCCCACUCUUGCAAGCCCCAGGAUUAAGUUGCUAUCAAAGCUGCCACCUUUGGUUGCUGUGGUUACGGCCGGAAAGUUUCAUUCACAUGACAAUAGCAGAGCAAGACGAACUCAGCAACCAAGAUUUCACUAAAGGAAAAUUGGCUCAAUUUCCAACCUUCUGCUUAGUUUACUGGAGAGAGCGGCAGACUCAGGACUCGCACUCGCUGAGGGGGAGGGAUCUCUGGGCUGUCAGAGGGAGCUUGGUUGAUGGAAUGCUGCUUCGUGUAAAACAUUCCCCAUGGAUAGGGAUGGGGAAGAAAUUCACUGAAAGGUAUUGUACUGAAAAGGCAAUGUAUCAAAGUUGCAAUUUCCAUAUCACUGUGAGAACCAACAUGUGGUGUAGUGGUUAAGAGUGGUGGACUCGUAAUCUGGUGAACUGGGUUUGCAUCUCCGCUCCUCCACAUGCAGCUGCUGGGUGACCUUGGGCUAGUCACACUUCUCUGAAGUCUCUCAGCCCCACACACCUCACAGAGUGUUUGUUGUGGGGGAAGGAAGGGAAAGGAGAAUGUUAGCUGCUUUGAGACUCCUUAGGGUAGUGAUAAAGUGGGAUAUCAAAUCCAAACUCCUCCUCCUCUUCUUCUUCAAAAUUCGCACAUACCUGAAUUUUUGGGUGCAGUUUUCCAAGCAAUCAAAGUUUACAAAAAAGCAUAUAUUAUAGGGGAAAGUGCUCAUGAAAAUUAAUAUGCAGUGGUACCUCGGGUUACACACACUUCAGGUUACAGACGCUUCAGGUUACAGACUCUGCUAACCCAGAAAUAGUACCUCGGGUUAAGAACUUUGCUUCAGGAUAAGAACAGAAAUUGCACGGUGGAGGUGCAGCAGCAGUGGGAGGCCCCAUUAGCUAAAGUGGUACCUCAGGUUAAGAACAGUUUCCGGUUAAGAAUGGGCCUCUAGAACGAAUUAAGUUCUUAACCCGAGGUACCACUGUAUUUGUGAAAAUAACAUUCCUAAAUGCAUUAUAUUAGGAAAAGUUGCUUUGCAAAAAGAUGUACAUUUCGUCAAAACUGUAUGCAAAGAUGGAAGAAAUUCACUGCUGAUGAAGUAAGCAAAGCAAUACCCAUUGCCAGUCACAGCCAUGCCCCCUCAAAGCCGUACCCGCUUCUAAGAUUAUGCAACCUUCUAAGAUUGUACAAUACUGCUAUUAUACAAUAUUAAUUAGGGAUGCAUUGCAACAGUUAGUGCUGAUCUCCAUGUGUUGCCUUUCAGCCAGAUUUACUAUUUUCUGUAGACAUACAUGGGCAAAUGGUUUGGAGUAUUCCAAUAUCUUCUUUUGAAGUGACUUAAGUUGUGUUUUCCUUGAAGUUCCAUAAUAUGUAACAGAACUUGAACACCAUUCUCUUUUAAACUAAAGCUUCCCUUCCAUUUUCUGUGUUCCUAAAUGCUUAGCUUUGGAGCAACUCUUCCUAUGGUGUUCUUCCUAUGCACAGAGUGACCCUAGGAGUCAAUCCUCAGUGGCUGACUCACCCCCUUUCACUCUGAUUGACUCCAAUCAGCACAAAACGUGAGAAGAUUUCUUCUUGGCUAAAAAGCUCCCCUUCCAUGCUGAUUGGGUGGCCCUAGGAUGCUGGAAACAGGGACGCUGCUGGUACCCUACUGCAUAAAUUGUAAUGGGUCUUCAACCUACUGUGAUCGUUGGCCACUACACUUCUGGCCAUUACCGUCUAAAAGGAGGGCAAUUCCUCCUGCAAGAUGAUUCAAUGAAAAGCCGAACAUUUGCUGGUGUGCCAUGGGUCCAAUUCCCUAACAGCCUUCCUUGUUGUUUUUCCAGAGUGACCUUGGAAGAUGUCGAACCAGAGUAACGGUGAUACGAAACCUCCAUGUUUACCUCGGAACGGACUUGUGAAGAUUCCCGCCCAGGCCAAUGGACUCGGCUCUGCCAGCAUCACCAAAGGGACCCCAGCGAUGAAAAACCGCUUGUGCCAGCCUUCAUCUGUGCCUGCUCUCAUCGGUCCAGCCUUAGCAAAUCACAGCGACCUGCCCAUCCCUGGCCUGGCGCCACCCUUGUCCUUGGCGGCUCUGGCCGGGGUGCCAUCUCCUUCUGGAGCUGCCAUGGUGGGACUGAACUCCAGCGAGGCUUCCCCGACAAACGGGGAGGUCACUUCCCUCGAAGGCCUCUCCGGUUCCCCCAGUGAACGGCAGCUGGCUGUGGACGAGAAGAUCCUCAACCGCUUGUUUACGUACUUUUCCGCCUGCGAGAAGUGUGUCCUGGCCCAGGUCUGCAAGGCAUGGAGGAGGGUCUUGUACCAGCCCAAGUUCUGGGUGGGCCUGACGCCGGUGCUACACACCAAAGAGCUUUACAACGUCCUGCCCAGUGGAGACAAGGAGUUUGUCAACCUCCAGGGUUUUGCUAUCAGGGGUUUUGAGGGGUUUUGCCUGGUCGGCGUUUCUGACCUGGACAUUUGUGAGUUCAUCGAUAACUAUCCUCUGUCCAAGAAGGGGGUGAAAUCCAUGAGCCUUAAGAGAUCGACCAUCACAGACGCAGGCCUUGAGGUAGGUCUCCUGCACAGAGGAGGAAACUCAGGCCCAGGAGCCACAGACAGUCCUCCAGGUAGCCACACCCCCUUCUAGCCACACCCUCAUCCCCCCAGCCACACCCCCUCUCCCCAGGCCACACCCCUUGCCAGUCGGACUUUAUCGUCUGGGUGUUUUUGCCUGGCUGGAAUGUGUCCCUGAACUCCAGUAAUGCCUUUUGCUUGCCUGGAUAGAGGAUAGAGAAGGGUGUGUGAGUGUUACUUAGAAAGUAAUUUUUACAUGUGUUUCUCUAUCCAGGGACAUGGGUGGCGCUGUGGGUUAAACCACAGAGCCUAGGACUUGCCAAUCAGAAGGUCGGCGGUUCGAAUCCCCUCAAUGGGGUGAGCUCCCGUUGCUCGGUCCCUGCUCCUGCCAACCUAGCAGUUCGAAAGGACGUCAAAGUGCAAGUAGAUAAAUAGGUACCGCUCCGGCGGGAAGGUAAACAGCGUUUCCAUGCGCUGCUCUGGUUCACCAGAAGCGGCUUAGUCAUGCUGGCCACAUGACCCGGAAGCUGUACGCCCGCUCCCUCGGCCAAGAAAGUGAGAUGAGUGCCGCAACCCCAGAGUCGGUCACGACUGGACCAAAUGGUCAGGGGUACCUUUACCUAACCCUAGGUGACCUCAGACUACUACACCUCUGUCUCCACCUGAUGCCCGCUGAUCCCUGGCUUAGACGAUUUCUAAUGUCCUUUCCAGCUUUGCCACUCUAUGAUCCCCUCCCCCAAAAUGAAAUCUGUGUUUUCCCUUUCUCAGGUCAUGCUGGAACAGAUGCAAGGGGUGUUGCGGCUGGAACUGUCCGGCUGUAAUGAUUUCACCGAAGCUGGCCUCUGGUCGAGCCUGAAUGCCCGCAUCACUUCCCUGAGCGUCAGCGACUGCAUCAACGUGGCCGACGAUGCCAUUGCCGCCAUCUCCCAGCUGCUACCCAACUUGACCGAGCUGAAUCUCCAAGCCUAUCAUGUGACGGACACGGCCCUAGCCUACUUCACUGCCAAGCAGGGUUACACAACCCACACCCUCCGCCUGAACUCCUGCUGGGAGAUCACAAACCACGGGGUGGUCAACAUGGUGCACAGCCUCCCUAACCUGAGUGUCCUCAGCCUCUCUGGCUGCUCUAAGGUGACGGACGAUGGCGUGGAGCUGGUGGCAGAGAACCUCCGCAAACUCCGAAGCUUGGACCUGUCAUGGUGUCCUCGGAUCACAGACAUGGCCUUGGAGUACAUUGCCUGUGACCUGCACAAGCUGGAGGAGCUGGUCCUUGAUAGGUAGGUAGAGAACUGAGCCCUCUUGAAGUUUCACAGAGGAUGGGAGGGAGGAUUGAAGUGUGAUCUGCCGAGAAAUGGCUAUGCAGCAGUGGAGAAAUAUCUUGCCAGGCCUCGGCUGAGCUCAGAAACCAGGCCGUAUAGAUCAGUGGCAGAGCACCUGCUUGGCAUGCAGAAGGUCUUAGGUUUGAUACUCAUCACCUCCAGGUAGGAAUGCUUCCCCUGUCUGAAAAGUCUGGAGAUCUGCUGCUGGUUAGUGUAGACUGGGGGUAGUCAACCUUUUUAUACCUUUUAUACCUACCGCCCACUAAUGCAUCUUUCUUGAUGGUAAAAUUUCCAUACCGCCCACCAGUGUUCGAUGGAAGGAGGAUUCAGCUUCUAUCACCCACCUAGAAUCCUGAAACGCUCACUAGUGGGCAGUAGGUAACAGGUUGACAACCCCUGGUGUAGACAAUACUGAGCUAAAUGGCUUCCUACAACCCUAGGGCUUGGUUCUAGCACCGACACACAACAAUCUGCAGCGGUUCUCAACCUGUGGGUCCCCAGAUGUUGUUGGACUACAACUCCCAUCAUCCCUAGCUAGCAAGGCCAGAACUCAGGGAUGAUGGGAGUUGUAGUCCAACAACAUCUAGGGACCCACAGGUUGAGAACCGCUGAAAGGGUUAGAAGCUAAUGGUGCGGUUUAAAAUGGGCUGGGCCUAUUUCCAGAGGGGCAAAACAAGGAGAGACGUCUGUGCAGCAGUUUCUCCCCUCGUAACUCAAGGCUCAGGGGAAGCUGAUUGCAGCAGAGACACUUGCUGAUAGGGCAGAGUCAGAGCAGGCAAGGUGGGGACCAGGGGUGGCCCAUAGCUCAGGGGUAGAGCACCUGCUUAGCAUGCACAAAGUCUCAGAUUCAAUUCCCAACAUCUCCAGGUAGGGCUGGGAAUGCCCUCUUGCCUGAAACCCUAGAGAGCCACUGCCAGUCAUUGUAGACAAGUACUGAGCUGGGUGGACCAGUGGCCUGAUCGAUACAAUGAGGCAGCUGUCUAUCUGCCUGCAAUGCAGCUUGGUCACCAUGAGACCAAGGGGUUUCCAGGGAACUGCAGUGCCUCAAGGAACAAUCUUCUCGCCUUGAUCUCCAAACACCUGUGGCUCAUUUCCACUUGCUGCUGUAGAUGACCCUGCUGGUGCAACGUCUUUAUAUGAGAUUAUGUUUCUAGCCCACCUUUCCUCCAAUAAGCUCAUGGUGGACUAUAUACUUCUUGUUUUAUCCUCACAACCACCCUGUGAGGUAGGUGAGGCUGAGAGAUGCUGACUGGCCCAAAGCCCACCAAUGAGCUUCAGGGCUAAUUUGAACCCUCUUCUUCUGUGUCCUGGCCUGGCAUCCUAACAACUGCACCAGGCUGGCUCCAGUUAUGCCAAGGCACUAAUUGUCUCAGCUGCCUCCCCACCCAUAACUUCAGGUACCAGUUGUGUGUGUAGCUUCUGAUCUCUGGGCAUCCGGAAAGGCCCUCCCCUCAGUCUCUGGACUACACAGUCAAUGAAGCUUCUCUAAUUCAAUGCUGCCCCCUUGUGAGUUAUCCUAGCACAUGCAGAGAAUCUGUGGGUCUCUCCAGACUGUAGCAUGUGUAUUCCACAACAUGUGCUUGACACAAUCAUAGGGUGUUUGUGGUAAGUUUAUUCUGCUUGCUUAGCUGUUCUGUGGUGCUUCUCCAAUGCCACCACAUUAUUCCUGUACAGAAGUGCAACAAAAGUGAGGCAACGGCUCCCCACCCACCCCAGAACAUUGUGGCAUCUCCAGGUAGGAAACAACCCUGUCUGGAAUCCUGGAGAGUCUUUGCCAGUUAGUAUAGACAACACUGAGCUAGAUGGACCAGUUGUCUGACUUGGAGUAAGGCAGAGUCCAAUGAUCCUAUGAACAUAAGAAGAGAAGAAGAAGAGUUUGGAUUUGAUAUCCCGCUUUAUCACUACCCUAAGGAGUCUCAAAGCAGCUAACAAUCUCCUUUCCCUUCCUCCCCCACAACAAACACUCUGUGAGGUGAGUGGGGCUGAGAGACUUCAAAGAAGUGUGACUGGCCCAAGGUCACCCAGCAGCUGCAUGUGGAGGAGCAGGGAAGCGAACCUGGUUCACCAGAUUAUGAGUCUACUGCUCUUAACCACUACACCACACAAAUGCUAGAUGAGACCAGUGGUCCAAGUCCAACAUCCUGUUCCCCCAGUGGCCUACCAGAUGCCUGUGGGAACUUGUGAGCAGGACAAGAGCACCCUCCUCUUUUGGAGCUUCCGAAAACUGGUAUUCAGGAGCACAAUGCCUUUGACUAUGGAAGCAGAGCAAAGCCAACAAGGAAGUUGCAGGAUAUGUGCUACCUGGAAAUGAAGCAGUAUGGCUGCCCCAAAGGUUCUACGGGUGCAAACAGUCUUGAAUGUAGGAUCACGUGUGACCAUCCCACAAACAUCAUGAGCACAAAUAAUCAUGAAUGCACAAUAAAAAGGACACCUGAAAGAGACCUGUUUUGGGGUGAUGGGUGCUCCUUAAUCAUGCCAGUGUCAACAUGGCAUUGUUGGCAUCGAAAUGCCAACUUUUGUAUGCCCUCGCCACCAAGUUAAUCUGGAUUUACCUUUUUAGAAGAAAAUCUGAUUUUUAAAAAGCCUUUUGCCAAUAACCCAUGUGCAAUUUCUCCAAGACCUGUCUCCAAAUUUAAGUCCUCACCUGGAAGCUGUUCUGGAUGUGGAGAUGCCUUCUAAGUAGUCAGCUCAAAAUGCACUUGUGCUUCUCCAGAAUGGAGCUCUUAUGAAGAGGGUUGGGCGACACAGUUCUGAAAGCUUCAAAGUGCACAGCACUGAUUGGCUGUCCACUCUGACGUCACCGAGAAACACCCCCCUGCCCCAUCCCCCAGGUUCCUUCCUUCCAGUACAAAAUGCAUAGCAAUGCAUACAUGCAUUUAAUGCCUAGUCUAGUUUGGUCCUCUGACAACUGCUGCUGUUCAUUUUAUUGGUGUUUCAUUAAAAAUGUGGUGUCAAUUUGUUUUAAAAUGCACAUUGCCCCGGUUUUCAUGGCAACACAUUUGGAAAGGCUGGAGUGUAGCCAACUAAGUUUUACUCAGAGUACAUUCGUUGCAAUUAAUGGACAUAACUCUGAGUAGAACUAACAUUUGAUACAACCUGAUGGUUUUAGAAACUGUACCAUCGAAAGGUCCCCUGCUUUCUCCCCCCCCCAUACCUGCUGCUCCAGCUUUUUAAAAAUUGUAUCUAGUAUUACUAAUAUUAAAAAAUAUGGUGCAUACAGUAUUUCAGCACAUACAGUACUUAGUACAUAUAGGUAUUAUAUUCAUCAACAGCAUCAUACAUCAUAUAAAUAAAAUCUAUUGAAUUAUAUCACACUGGCAGCCUCAUAUUUGGCUUCGCUAGGGAAUUCUAAGGGGGAAAAUAUUGAUUCAGUUUUGAAAUCAGUUGUUAAGAUCAGUACAGUUUUGAAAGAUGUGGCCCGCCAUCUUGAUUCCAAAUGGCUUCCAACUUUAUCCAAACACAGAUGAAACCUGCUCCUUGAUUGAAGAAUCCAUCCUGCAAAAUUGGGUUAGAAUAUAUUAAGAGCUGUCCAGACACGGAGCAAACAGAGAAACAACUCUUCAAAAGAUAGAUAUAGAUUAUAUAGAAUUAUUUAUUUAUUUUAUUUUAUUUGUAUUAUGGUACAUUUUCUAAUAUUCCAGCUCUCAAAAUAUGGAAUCCAUACAUUACUCAUCUCAGCAUUAAAAAGGCAUUUAAAAACAUCAAUUAUACUGCUACUUUAUAUCAAUAAUAAAAAGGGACUGGGCAGUUGAGAAGUUCCCCCUUUCCCCUUGCUCCUAUUGCUCAUGCUUUCCUCCUAACAGUUGCGAUUUUCCCAACUCUUCUGCAGGUGUGUGCGGAUCACAGAUACCGGGCUCAGUUACUUGUCCACAAUGUCAUCUCUUAGGAACUUAUACCUCCGUUGGUGCUGCCAGGUAGGUAAUAUAUAGGGCGGGCCCUACUAAUAGACUGAUGCAAGUGCCUCUGGCGGCAAAUGUUGAGGGGCAACAGGGGCGGCUCUCCUCCUGACAUGACUUUCUUUGUUAGGCUUGAAGUACAAUUCAAUAGCAGCUCUAGCCAUCUUCUGUGUGUGGAAAGCAGGGUGGGAUGCCACCUUGUCUUCAAGGGGCAAAAUCUCUUGGGCAGUCCCCAAGAAUCCUCUGGUAAUGGGGAAAGAACAGCCUGGUUCCUUCAAUCUGUUGGCAGAGGCUAUAAAGAGGUUGGGGAGGUGGGAAAGAUUCCAGGGGUCUCCCUUUAAGCAAUCCCUGCUUCCUGCUCUCUCCCCCAACAGCUGGCAAGUGGUGGCAGCUGCCAGGUCAGUGGGCAAAUGACAAUAUUCUGGAGCUUCAGGUUGUCCUGGAGCCUCACCUUUGGGGAGGUGAGUCCUCUAUUUGAAGGACUGACAACGGUGAUGGCUGGUGCCCAUUGGGAGUAGCCAGAGCCAAUGACAGGCACAGCCAACUAAAUCUAGUUUUGUCUCCAUCCUUUUCCCUGCUGAGUUCUACAAGGGCAACCACUGAGACUUAAGGAGGAGGAAGUUGACAACUAGUGCCACAUCUUGGAUGGGCUGUAGGUAUGAAGGCAGACAGGUGGGGGCUGGCUGAGGGCAGACUGAGGCUGGUGGGACAGUGCCCUAUUUUCCCAAAUGGACCGGCCUCCACCGCUCCAAUAUUUCGUUGAUGAAAAUACGGACAGACAUAGAGUUGGUCAUCUGGUCCAAUUUCUUUCUCAGUGUAAGAUCUACAAUACAGGAUGCAACUGCGGUAUCUUUGGGUAGGCCUCUGCUGCUAGAUCUCAAGUCAACGAGAGCCCCCUGCUUCCUGAAGCAGAGUGUUCCACUGCUGAACAGCUCUAGCCAUCAGGAAGUUUCUCCUAAUGUUGUCAUCUGCAGUAACAGAGAACCGGUCUGCUCCAUCUUCCACCUAACAGCCAUUCAGACCUUUCAAGGCCACCAUUAUGUCUGCCUAGACCAGGUGUAGGGAACCUUCUGCUCUCCAGUUGUUACCGAACUACAACUCCCAUAAUCCCCAGCAUGCAUGGCCAGUGUCCAGGGCUGAUAGGAGCUGUAGUUCAGCAACAUCUGAAGGGCCAAAGGUUGCCCCAGACUUCUCUAGAAAGGUCAUUUCCAUAGCUGUCAACGUUUCCCUUUUUUUAAGGGAAAUUCCCUUACUCCGAAUAGGAUUCCUCACAAGAAAAGGGAAAAGUUGACAGCUAUGGUCAUUUCACAGUUGGCACCCGUGCCAAUAGAAUACCCCCAUAUUAGCAAGACUUCAGGUCUUAAAAACGAGCAUAGUUAACAGACUUAACCCACUUGCUUCUCAAGGAAUAGCAAUUCAGGCUCACAAAUCCUCCCUCCUUCUCUCCUGUUUCAGGUUCAAGAUUUUGGCCUGAAGCAUCUGCUGGGAAUGAGAAGUUUACGCCUUUUGUCUGUUGCUGGUGAGAGCCAAACUAAGGGGAAAUUUUCUGAUGCAUGUCAUGAAUCCAUUUGAACCCACCACUUUGCUGAGAAACUCAUUCAUACAAAUACUGUCACCACAUUCUUUUGUGUGGGGUGGGGGCAGGGCAAAAGGAAAAUAAGGGAAACUUUGGCUAGGGAUUACACACUACCUCACCCUCUCCCCAGAGAGCUGAAAGUGGCAAAAGGGAAUUGAUAAUACUCAUUUCUUUGGUCAUUUUACUUCAGAGGUGGGAAACCCUUUUCUGCCUAAGGCAGGCUUCCUCAACCUCUGCCCUCCAGAUGUUUUGAGACUACAAUUCCCAGCAUCCCUGACCACUGGUCCUGCUAGCUAGGGAUCAUGGGAGUUGUAGGCCAAAAACAUAUGGAGGGCCAAGGUUGAGGAAGCCUGGCCUAAGGGCUGCAUUGCCUCAUGAGAACGACAAUAAUGAGCACAAAAAUGCAUACAACUGAGGUAAAAUGUCUAUUAAAACACUUAUAUUUGUGAAAAUAAUAUUAUAAAAAUGCAUUGUGUUCAAGGAAAUGGCAUACAAAAAUGUGUAACCGGCCAAAUUGCAUAAAAUGUGUAUAUUAGGAUAAAUUUGCACUAAAAUACUGAUGCAGUUUCAUGCUAACUUUUUUAAAAGAAUCAUGAACUAGUGUGGAAAUGUGGAGAACUGAACUUGAGGCUAGAGAAAUGAGAAACCGAGAGAAACCAAAACUAACGAAUUUGCGUGUCCCUAGGUUAGCUUCAGCUGAAUUCAAUGGGGAUGACUUCUGAGGCCACAUUAACACCACACAUGUAAAGCACUAUGACACUACUUUGAACAGGCAUGGCUUCCCCCAAAGAUUUCUGGGAGCUGCUGAGCGUUGUUAGGAGGCCCCUGUUCCCUUCCUGGAACUACACUUCCCAGAGUGGUUUCACAGUUAAUCCCACUUUGCAGGGGGCUAUUAAAAGUAGUAUCAGAGUGCUUUAAAUGUGACGUGUGAUUGUGACCAUUGUUAGCCUUGCUUGCUGUAAGUUGUGGUCAUCUGAAUGAGUUGUUUCUUGUUCAUGGGGUGCUCUCUGAUUUUGGUCUUUCCAGGCUGUCCUCUCCUGACCACAACUGGGCUCUCGGGCCUCGUCCAGCUUCAAGACUUAGAAGAACUCGAGUUAACAAAUUGUCCAGGGGCCACUCCAGAGCUUUUCAAAUAUUUUUCCCAACACUUGCCCCGUUGCAUGGUGAUCGAGUAAGCCGCUCCCUGGAAGAAUCUGACCAUCGUCUGGAGCCAGGUCCUCCAAUCCCAACCCAGCACUGACCAACCAAUCAGAGUCAUGGUUUUAUUUAUUCAUUUAAUAUAUCUAUAUAUAUAUUUUCUUUUCCGGGAGAGAUGCUGUGACUUAUAAACUACACAUGCACUCACAUGUACACUGAGAGAGAGAGAGAGAGAUCAACGCAACGUGUGGCAAAUCAUAAGCCAAGAGUUAGAUCAUGCGUAUGGAUGACCAGCGCACUUUGCAUGUGCGUCCACGUCCCAUGAAGCCGUGGCAGUGGCAACUUGGAAGAAAUCCCUCCUCAAGUUUGUAAAAUCCCCAUGCCUCCAUCACCUCCCGUCUUCCUUGUAGUGAUCUGUCCUGAAAUCUUAAUUUUUGAAAAAAAAUAACGAUGCUU